AUGGAGGAAUCACAAACCCCAGACCUCCAGGCCAUGAUAACAGCAGCCGUGGCUGCAGCCAUGGAACAAGCCGCUUCCAAGUCGCUCCAAACAAACCCUGAGGUUCCCAGGCCCACCUCUAAACGGGUUCAUUAUAAGGCGGACUCCGAAGACUCUGACUCUUCCAGGGAACACUCCCAACGGCGAAAACGCCAUUGGAAGGGCAAUGUAACCCCACGCAAGGCUAAAGGGAAAGCCCCUGCUGAUCGCAGGAAAGCCACGGUUCGUGCUACCCACGAUGCCACACAACUUUCCUCAGGUGAGGAAGAUGUAGAACCCACUCAGGCACUGGCUGUGCUGGAUGAAUGGCAGGCGGCAGCCUCUGACCAGGGGGACUCCGACAGGGAUUCCACGGCCAACUCUGACCCUUACUUCAUAAGGGAACAGGGUCUGGGUGAGCCCCAGGACUCCAUGGCAACAUCCAUUGAUAACCCACAGGAGGGCUCGGAGAUUUUCCUCGACAAUUCGGGCCUCCAAAUGUUCGACCCAAGAAACAUCCGGCACCCCCGUUCGGAAGAAUGGUCACCACCUGAGCAUUUGGCAAGGUUUAUGCACUUCUGGCUCAGAAAACCGCUAGACAAGGAAGUAAGAAACCGGAUGAGAUCCGAAUGCCCUCGCCCUAGUCUACCGGACAAAGUGACGCACACCCCCGAGUUUGACCCGCUCAUGACUACGUUCAUGUCCCGAGGGGGUCGGGAUCCGCGCAAGGGCAUAGAGCGCGGCUUUAAAGGAGCGCAAGAUAAGCUGCUAGAUGCCAUUGGGCCACUAGCCAGAAUCAUGGAUAUGGCGGAUGAAGCCUAUGAGAGGGCUGACACUUUUACCCCAGAUACGGUGCGUGAAUGGGCACGAGAUACCCGUGAAUGGGCACAAAGGUGUUUCUGUUUCUUAGGGAACACCAACGUAGCCCUCUCUUCGGAGAGGCGCCGAGCAGCACUUUACCGUAUCGACGAAAAACUGGUCGAACUGGGGGAUAAGGAAUUAGGACCCUUAGCACAGGGUAAAUUAUUUGGAGAGGCCUUCCUUAAGGAAUUAAAUAAAAGGGUCAACAUAUUCACGUCCCUUAACAAGGCACAAUCUUCAAUGCGGAAAGUCUUCCAGCGGUUCCCACACCCGUGGGUUUUUUGGAAGGGCUGGACGGCAGAGGGGCCGUGCCGCCAGCCGUUUUUGGCCAUCCGGCCCCCGUACAACAAGGACUCAGAUGUUCUACCCAGACUCAUCUAGUCGAAAUAGAUUCGGCCACUUCAGGGGAUCUGAUCGUGGCCGAGGCACCCGAGGACGCUCACGAGCAAGAUUCUCCAACGGUAAGUCGGAAUCUUACUCUUCCUCUAACCCCCUGUCAUAUCGCAGGUCGUGUUUCUCUUUUUUUCCAGAACUGGAAAGAACUAUCUUCAGAUGCGUGGAUAAUCCAAACGGUGCAGGGCUAUCGAAUAGAGUUCGACUCGACCCCGCUCCAGCUGACCCCUCCACGUCCAAUCCAGACUACACGAGCAGAUGCCUGCCUCAUAGACGCGGAACUCCGAGAACUCCGCUCCAAGGGUGCCAUUCAACCGGCUCCGGAUGCCACCGGUUUCUACAGCAAUAUCUUCCUGGUCAGGAAGAAAACAGGCGAAUUUCGCCCCGUUAUCAAUCUCAGGGAGCUCAAUUCGCACGUAGUAUAUCGACACUUCAAAAUGGAAGGUAUACAUCUCCUCCGGGACUUGCUUCGACGCGACGACUGGUUCACUCGUCUGGACCUCAAAGAUGCGUACCUUACCAUUCCGGUACACAGAAGCAGCCGUCCCUACCUCCGCUUCUUCUGGCACGGGAUCCCUUGGCAGUUCACCUGUCUCCCGUUUGGCCUCAGCUCGGCCCCGUGGUGUUUUACCAAGAUUAUGAAGCCGGUAGUGGCAAAAAUCAGAUCCCAAGGUAUAAGAUGCAUCAUCUACCUCGACGAUAUCCUGAUCUUCGACGAGGAUGCAGACACUCUGCGGAGACAUACGGAAUACGCACUACACCUUUUGGACUCUCUGGGUUUCGUCGUCAACCGUCCCAAGUCCGCAUUGACCCCGGCUCAAUCAGUUCAAUUCCUCGGAUUCGUAAUAGACUCCACAUCAUGCACUCUUCACCUCCCGGCUACCAAAAUUACGGCAAUCCGCAGGGAGAUCCGGAAAGUCCUUCGUCGGACUACCAUACCCCUACGAUUACUGGCACGGAUCGUAGGCCUUCUCUCUGCGUCCAUCCAGGCCAUUUUUCCCGGGCCCCUGCACUACAGGGCCAUGCAACGCCUCAAGGCAAGUUUCCUUCGCAGACAACCGACAUACGACCAACCGGUUCCAAUGUCGGUCGAAGUUCGGGAAGAACUACACUGGUGGCUGAAUUGCAUGCAGGCUUGGAACGGCAGGGCCAUAUUCGGGAACCAGCCAGACUUCGUGCUGGAAUCGGAUGCCAGCCGUUCAGGCUGGGGGGCAACAGACGGAACCACGUCCACAGGAGGAGUCUGGACUUCCGAAGAGCUCUCGAUGCACAUAAAUUGCCUGGAACUCUUGGCCGGGUCCUUCGCCAUUCGCAGCCUGGCAAAGGACCGAUCCAACUGCUGCAUCCUACUCCGCAUGGACAACGUCUCAGCGGUCAGAUACAUCAACCGCCUUGGAGGCACUCGUUCUCGAACACUGGCGGAUCUCACGAAAGAGAUCUUCGACUACUGCCUACCACGCAACAUCACCUUGCUGGCAGAGCACUUACCAGGAGACUCCAAUACGACGGCGGAUUGGUACUCACGCCACUGGCGGGACGCCAGCGAUUGGCAGCUAGACCCUCACAUUUUCGCACUACUGGAUGCACAGAGGGGACCUCUCUACCUAGACCUUUUCGCGUCCCGCAACAAUCGACAGACAGAAGUUUUCUUCAGCUGGCUCCCAGACCCGGAGAGCCUCGCAACGGACGCUUUUCUCCAACAAUGGCCAAGGGACGGCGCCUACGCAUUCCCUCCUUUCGCAAUGAUAACGAGGGUCCUUCACCGGAUCCGUCUACAGGGAGUGAGAAUAAUUCUCAUCACGCCGCUCUGGCAGAGCCAGCCAUGGUUUCCGGACCUUCUGGAACUCUCAAUCAACGACCCCCUCCUCCUACCAGAUGCCCCAACCAUCCUCAGGAAUCCAUUGGGCCUUCCUCACCCACUAGUCCUGCAGGAACGCUUGCCCCUUGUGGCCUGGACUCUUUCCGGGGUUCCUGGAGAACCGAAGAAUUAUCGCAGGAAACUAAGGACCUGCUAUGGGAUUCAUGGGCACCAGGAACUAGGAGGUGCUACUUAUCAGCAUGGCACUCCUGGACAAGUUGGUGUGUGGGACGGGACCUCAAUCCCUUUACUGCACCUACUCACUCCAUCAUGAAUUUCUUAACUUCACUUUUCACCGCAGGAAAGUCAUACCGUUCCAUCAAUGUGGUACGGUCAGCCAUCUCAGCGGCUCAUACUCCGAUACAGGGGAUUCCUGUUGGUAAGGACCCGCUCAUCUGCAGACUUCUCCGCGGUAUGCGCCUACGGCGCCCCCCGGAACCUAAAUAUUCUAGUCUCUGGGACGUUGGCGUGGUCCUUCAAUUUUUACGUAAUUGGCCUCCCAACGAGAAACUAUCACUCCGCCAGCUUACCGCAAAAUUCACCCUCCUGCUCUGUCUGGUUUCCUUUCGACGGGUAGCGGAUGUACGCGCCUUUGAUGCCAACGCGUUUACUUUCUGUCCGGCGGGUGUCACCUUUCAGAUCUCACGUCGCACUAAGUCCAACUCUCUCUCGGUCUUCUACCCUUUCUUCCCUUCUGACCCUCAACUCUGCGUGGUCUCAACCCUCCGUCACUACGUGGAAGCCACCGCGACGUUGCGGCAACCUUCCACUCAUCAACUUCUCAUCUCUUACGUCCGCCCUUAUGGUCCGGUCUCGGUUACUACACUGGCCAGAUGGGUUAGGUGGCUACUAUCCCUUGCCGGUAUUGACCAAACUUUUGGAGCACACUCCGUUCGUGGGGCAGCGGCCUCUUCCGCUUAUGCGGCAGGCGCGUCCCUCUCGGACAUUUUACGAGCAGCGGACUGGACCAGAGAAUCUACCUUUAGGACAUUCUACUUUCGUCCUCUUGAUAAUCCGGCAUUUGCUUUUCUUUCUCAGCGUUGAAAUUGCAAAAUACGAAGCCUCCUGUCAUGUGAUAAAAUUGAAGAUUAUGCUAGCUUUAGUGUACAGAUAAUCUUAAUUUUAAUAAUGACAGGAGGCGAGUAUUUUCCCUCCCUGUUCUCUUAAGUUCUUCCCUCCCCUUUUAUUUUCACUUCUAGCUACUACACUUUGCUCUCUCAUAUGUUGGUAUAAUACCUGACACGAUAGCUCUUGUUUAACUGUCUUAUUUACAUCUUAGAGAUAUAUAUAUAUAUUGUUUGGGUGGGAUACUUAUUUAACACCGCUAGGGAGGACGUUUAGUUUAUUUUAUUCUCAUGUUACUAGACGAUAUUAAACUUGAAUUACGGGACAGACAUCCUUUGUUUUAUACAAUCACUUCUGGACUCUAACGCACCUUAUACUCUCGUUUCAGCUUAACCAGGAGCUACACGGAAUCAUUAAAGUCUCCAUGCAAGAUGUCGUCAUCAUCGCAUCAGGAGAUUCAUCAUCAGGUCUUCGUAGACCAUCGUUUGACAAGGACACGUCUUCAUCUGCAUUCUACCUGUUCCGGUUCAGUUUAUUCUGAUUAAGUUUCCAGUUUCUUGUUCUAUGGACUUCUCAGCUGUUCGGUUAUUUUUUUCUCCUUUUAUGGUCUUGUGAUGUCGCAAGUUUAAAAGAGGAAAUGAUGUCAUAGGUCUCACCUCUUAUACCCUAUUCUACGUUGUGAUUGGUUAAAAGUUUUGUCACUCAUUUCUUUGCUGCUAUGGAGAUAGUAAAGAAAGAUUAUGCAAAAUACUCGCCUCCUGUCAUUAUUAAAAUUAAGAUUAUCUGUACACUAAAGCUAGCAUAAUCUUCAAUUAGAACCAUGCAGUCACUUUCAGCAAUUCGUUAAUUUGUUGCACGAGCAAUUGUUAUUCGUUCUCUUGCUGAGAGCAUCUCUCUACAUUAAAUUUAUAAUGUUUGUGAAUGUGUAUCUGUCUGUCUGUCACUCCCAAUGAUUUAGUUUUCUAUUUAAAGGUGAAUAAUAACUGCAUAUUCAUAUUAUAUAUUCACUCUGUGGUUCACACUCACAUCAUUAAUGUUUCACUAUAAGCUCUUUCUUAAAUGACUUGUAGCCCCUCUGUAAUCACAGUAAUUUAUUUUUGUUAUGAAAGCUUUCUUGACACUGAUGCUUGCAGAGGUUUAAAGGCCAGUCUUCUGCCCACAGACUAUGGGCCCAGUCCAAAGAGCAGGGCCGGACUGGGAAUACAAAGCGGCUCUGGAAAAAUCUAUGCCAGCCCCAUAAGUCAUUGUGCUAUGUGGUGUGUGUGUUUAUAUAUAUAUAUAUAUAUAUAUGUAUAUAGAUAGUUAAUACAAUGCUAAGCAAAAAUCUGCACACCAGUCAAGCCAUAAGACUUGCUUUUCCCACAGAAAUCCCAAAUCAGCAGUGAUGUUAUAACCGCAAAGGAUUCUGGGUGGGCAUAUGCAAAUUAGUUUAACAAAGAAUCACAUUUUUGCCUCAUUCCAUUUUAAACAUGGAUUCCUUUUAAUUUGUGUUUGCAGUAUACAACUGCUUGGAACACAAUUUAGGAUAAGAUGCAAAACCAGUGAACCACUCAUGGACAGCUGUUUCGUUGUUAAUGCAACUCUUCAGCAUGAGGUUGGUUACUGGUUUGCUUAUGGAGGCUUGGUAGUGCUUGUGAAGCAAGAUCCAAAUAGAUUAUGGUGGGGAAAAAUUGUGAUUGAAAACCCCUUCCACCUGAAGUAUGUGGAUAGUUAAUACAAUGCUAAACAAAAAUCUGCACACCAGUCAAGCCAUAAGACUUGCUUUUCCCACAGAAAUCCCAAAUCAGCAGUGAUGUUACAACCGCAAAGGAUUCUGGGUGGGCAUAUGCAAAUUAGUUUAACAAAGAAUCACAUUUUUGCCUCAUUCCAUUUUAAACAUGGAUUCCUUUUAAUUUGUGUUUGCAGUAUACAACUGCUUGGAACACAAUUUAGGAUAAGAUGCAAAACCAGUGAACCACUCAUGGACAGCUGUUUCGUUGUUAAUGCAACUCUUCAGCAUGAGGUUGGUUACUGGUUUGCUUAUGGAGGCUUGGUAGUGCUUGGGAAGCAAGAUCCAAAUAGAUUAUGGUGGGGAAAAAUUGUGAUUGAAAACCCCUUCCACCUGAAGUAUGUGGAUAGUUAAUACAAUGCUAAACAAAAAUCUGCACACCAGUCAAGCCAUAAGACUUGCUUUUCCCACAGAAAUCCCAAAUCAGCAGUGAUGUUAUAACCGCAAAGGAUUCUGGGUGGGCAUAUGCAAAUUAGUUUAACAAAGAAUCACAUUUUUGCCUCAUUCCAUUUUAAACAUGGAUUCCUUUUAAUUUGUGUUUGCAGUAUACAACUGCUUGGAACACAAUUUAGGAUAAGAUGCAAAACCAGUGAACCACUCAUGGACAGCUGUUUCGUUGUUAAUGCAACUCUUCAGCAUGAGGUUGGUUACUGGUUUGCUUAUGGAGGCUUGGUAGUGCUUGUGAAGCAAGAUCCAAAUAGAUUAUGGUGGGGAAAAAUUGUGAUUGAAAACCCCUUCCACCUGAAGUAUGUGGAUAGUUAAUAAUGUAUAUAGAUAUAUAUUUGGUAUAUUUAUUUUUCUAAUUCAAAAUAUUAGUCCUUUCAGGGUAAUUAAAGGACCACUAUAGACACCCAGACCACUUCAGCUCAAUGAAGUGGUCUGGGUUCCAGGUCCAUCUAGUGUUAACCCUGCAGCUGUAAACAUAGCAGUUUCAAGAAACUGCUAUGUUUACCAUAGGGUUGAUCCAGCCUCUAAUGGCUGUCUCACUGACAGCCGCUACAGGCGCUUCUGUGCUUCUCACUGGGAAAAUCACAGUGAGAAGAUUCUGACGUCCAUAGGAAAUCAUUGAGAAUUCAAAGCUGACGUCGGGAGAGAAAGGAGAGUUCCCCAGCGCCGUAUGAGCCCGGUGCUGGAGAAAGGUAAGUGUUUAAUCCUUUCAGCCCCCUUCAGCUCGGUGGGAGGGGGGCCAUGAGGGUGGAGGGGACCUAAAGACUCUAUAGUGCCAGGAAAAAGAGUUUGUUUUCCUGGCACUAUGGUGGUCCUUUAAAUUAGACAGUAAAACAUACUCACAUGUAGACACAGACAAUCUUACUGACACAAGCUCAUUGAUACACUGGCUCACAGACAAUCUCAUUGAUAUACAUAAGCUCAUUGACAUAAAAACACAAGCUCACUGAUGCACACAAAUAGGCUCACUGACAGACAAUCUCAAUGACACACACAGACAAGCUUACUGGUACAUACACACAAAUUUGGUAGAGACAAACUAUGAUAUACACACAAGCUUACUACAGACAAGCUCACUGUUACAUACAAACGCUCAGUACAGACAAGCUCACUGACAAGCGCACACUCUUCCUACAGACAAGCCCACUGACACACACAUGCCCAUUGACACACACAUGCUCCCUACAGAAGAGCUCACUAACACACAGAUUCACUACAGACACACACAUGCUAACUAGAGACAAGGUCAUUGACACACACAUGCUCACUACAGACAAGCUCACUGACACACACAUGGUCACUACAGACAAGCUCACAGUUACACACAUGCUUACUAAAGACAAGCUCACUGCACACACAUGCUCUCCACAGACAAACUCAGACACACUCAUGCUCCCUACAGACAAGCUCACUAACACACACACACACGCACAUGAUCUUUACAGACAAGCUCACUGACACACAUACAAGCUCACUCACUAGCAGACAAACAAAGUUCACUCACUAGCAGGCACACACAAAUUCACUCACUAGCAGGCACACACACACACACACACACAGAGACAAACACACAAACUCACUCACUAGUAGAUGGACUCACACAGAAGCUCCCUCACUAGCACACACACACACAUACACACACACAGAAGCUCCUUUACUAGCAGACACAUACACACAGAAGCUCACUCACUAGCAUGCACACAUACACAAAUUCACUCACUAGCAGGCACACACACACACACACACACACACAGAGACAAACACACAAACUCACUCACUAGUAGAUGGACACACACAGAAGCUCCCUCACUAGCACACACACACACAUACACACACACAGAAGCUCCUUUACCAGCAGACACAUACACACAGAAGCUCACUCACUAGCAGGCACAUACACAAACUCACUCACUAGCAGAUGCACACACAGAGAAGAUCACUCACUAGCACACACACACACAGACACUCCCUCACUAACACACACACACACACACACACACACAAGCUCACUCACUAGCAGACACACACACACAAGUUAACUCACUAGCAGGCACACACAUGCAUAUGCUCACUCAAUAGCAGGCACACAUGCUCACUCACUAGUAGGCACAUACACACACAAGCGCACUCACUAGCCGAUACACACACACACACAAGCUCACUCACUAGCAGGCACAUACACACAAGCUCACUGACUAGCAUGCACACACACACAAAGGCUCACUCACUAGCAGGUAAACACACACAAACUCCCUCACUAUCACGCACACACACAGAAACUCACUAGCAGAUGCACACACACACAGAAGAUCACUCACUAGCAGAUGCACACACACACACACACAGAAGCUCACUCACUCACUAGCAAAUGCACACACACACACACACACACACACACAGAAGCUCAGUCACUCACUAGCAGAUGCAAACACACACACACACACACAGAAGCUCACUCACUAGCAGGUAGACACACAAACUCCCUCACUGGCAGGCAUACACACACAAACUCCCUCACUUGCAGAUGCACACUCACACACAGACAGUGGUGUACACACAAUCCAUGGGGCCCUGGUGCAAAACUGAUCCAUGCCCCCCCCUCACUGACUCACCCCGAUCCAUGCCCCCCGACACAAACAUACAUACAGAAAUACACACACACAGACACAUACACACAUACAGACAGACAAACACACACACAUACACCCCCCUGACAGACACAUACAUACACACAUACAUACAUACAUAGAACAGGCACACACAUACAUACACACAGACAGACACAUACACCCUCUACAGACAUACACACAGACACAUACAUACAGAGACAGACACACACACACACACCCCUGACAGACAUACACACAGAUACAUAGACACAACAUGUGUGUGUGUGUGUGUGUUGUAGUCGGCGUGAGCAGUUUAAAAAUAUUAUAUUUAAGGUUAUUUCCUCCACCCUGCAUCUUAUCCCUGGCCAUGGAGGUGGGACAUUAUGUUCUCUGGUGAUCCUUUGGCACUGUGCAUGCUGGAGAGCUUACACCACAGGCAGGUGGCUGGUCCUCUCCUUUUCAUGCAAGCCCCUGAAUUGUGCCACGUCAGACGGUUGCUGGUUGAAGCUGGAGUCACCUGGGCCCCCUUCACUAUACAAGCCAGCAGUGGCCCAGGCACCCAAGGUUUUCAGUUGUAUCACCUUGAUGGAGGCCCUGGUGGUUAUGGUGUCAGGAGUCCUUUGUAUUGUCCCAUGGUAAGAAGUCAAAUCAUUUUCAAAUUAAUUGACAGUGACCUGGGCUCUUUGAACACCCAAAGUCUUUAUAGUCUUUUGUGAUAUCACUUAAGCAGAAGUUCCUAUUACAUUUUAAAAAUACCAAUUUUGUCCAAAUUCAGAUAUAAUUCCAUGUCUUAGAGUUUUUGCCUACGCUUUAAGCCAAUUAAUAAAUCCUGAUUGGGAUUGCAAAAUAAAAAGCGAACUUCCACAUUUGGCAAUAUCAGAAGACUGGAAGGAUCACGGGUACUUGGGAGACCUAGAUUAAUGCCAAAUAAUUAAAAUUGGUUAGAUCAUGCACCAUAAGAAAGCACUAGGGGAUUUGGACACCUUAAGCACUACAGUGCACUGUAAUGGUUAUAGUGCUUUGACUACCCUUGAAUUACAUUUGAUUAAUGGGUUGCUUAACUUAUUAUUAUUUAAAAUUAAUUUAGGUGUUUAGGUGUGUAAACAGUGUAGGGAACAAAUGAAUGAUGUAGGCACAUAGUAGUGUAAUUAGUGUGAAUGCUAAAACAGUGUAUAUUUAUCUCUGCUAUAUGUAGUGUGUGAGAAUACUACAUCAAGAGUGUAUAUAUUGUGCAGACAGUGUAUGAAUGCUUUGGCAGUGUAAAUGUAAAUGGCUAUGUAUGAAUAAUGUAGUAGUGUGAGUGUUCAGGCCAAUGUGUACAUGAUGUAGUAGUGUAAAUGCUCAGAGCAAUGUUUGAAUUAUGUAGGAGUGUGAAUGAUCAGGGCAAUGUGUGAAUGCUGUGGCAAUGUGAAUGCUCAAGGCAAUAGUGAGUGAAUUAUUUUACAUAGCAACUCAUUGAAGCUUUCUGAGGCUAGUGUUAGGGGUUUUCAGGAGCUGGAUUUAACACACAGAUGUCCAUCAAAACUUUAUAUGUGGGAACACCCUUUUUCCAACCUUUUUUGAAAUGCACUCCUACCUGCUCUAAAAUGUCAUAAAGUGGGUUAAUAGGUUAAUAUUACUUUUUUUUGGACUGUGGCCUUGCCUCCUCUGGAACAAACGGAAAGGUCUUCCAAUCUUGAUUGAAAUUAAAACUAAAGAAGACUUGCCCCAUAGUUAUGUGGAACACAAGGACUGAAGACGCUGGCUACUGUCUGCUUUUAUUAAAGGGCUACUCCAACUAAAAACAGUAUUUUAGAAAAAGGUAGAGUGACCUUUGUUGCAAUGCCCCCCCAAAAAUGAAAGAAAUGCAAUGUACCUGUAGCACCGAGGCCAAGUUAUCCCUGUAGCCUUAUUCAUUCCCUGGUGAUUUCACUUUUCCUCACUGCAUGGAGGACCAAGGCGAGUUGAAGAAGGGGGCAGUUCUGCCAUUGGUUGUUUGGCACCAGCAUUCUAUGUGCGCUGACAACAAGCUUCAUAUAUGAACAGAAUUAUGCAGAGAAUUCACAUUACCCUACCCUUUUUCCAUUUAGUGAUGGAGAUGCACCUCGGUCAACAAGCUGGUAUAUCUCUGUAUGUGGAAAAACUGAAAUGGUAAUGGUUCUUGGAGUAGCGCUUUAAUUGCAGCCUCAAAGUAUUCAUUGUUUAUAAGAUUUCCUAAGUAAACAGCAGUGUGGCCAUCAUUUGUGAGCUAAAACAGCUUUCCCUGGUACUCCAACGCUGAAAAUGCAUGAGCAUCUCAAGGGAUUGACUAAUUUGUGCUUGUGUUGACUUCAGAUUAUCAGAGAUUAUUACAGAUUAGUGACAACUCAUGCAGUCUCGGUAGCAAGUUUGCAAAGCAAAUCAAUCCCAGUCAUCACGGUGACUAAAUUUUAAAAAUAUACAGCAUCUAUGCCAGUCUCAAAAUGCAGUACUUUCUUUUUAACCAUAUUUAGGCAGGAAAGGGCUUCACAUACCGGAUACUGAUACAAUUAUGCUUCCAGUCCAGCUACAUUAUCCUAAAAUGUUAAAUUAAUUUUGAAUUCACAACACUUCCCACUUUAGUAAAUAACUCUAUAAGUGAGUGAAUUUUAACCCCUUAAGGACCAAACUUCUGGAAUAAAAGGGAAUCAUGACAUGUCACACAUGUGUAAAUGAACAGAAAUUAUCUAUGGAUAGGGGUACUUGCCCGUUCCAUAGAUAGAAACACCUUUACUGACACUCCAGCAGUGUCAUAUGGGGCAUAACCCCUAUUCCUAAAGUAUUGAGAAAAAUCCCACAAAUCUGAAGAAAAUUACUCCAGAAAAGUAGAUUAUGACUGGAAAUUAAAUUGAAUAGUAGCAAAAUAUAAUGAUAAGAACAAAAAAUGUGUGUAAAUACAGGGAGUGCAGAAUUAUUAGGCAAGUUGUAUUUUUGAGGAUUAAUUUUAUUAUUGAACAACAACCAUGUUCUCAAUGAACCCAAAAACUCAUUAAUAUCAAAGCUGAAUAUUUUUGGAAGUAGUUUUUAGUUUGUUUUAGUUUUAGCUAUGUUAGGGGGAUAUCUGUGUGUGCAGGUGACUAUUACUGUGCAUAAUUAUUAGGCAACUUAACAAAAAACAAAUAUAUACCCAUUUCAAUUAUUUAUUAUUACCAGUGAAACCAAUAUAACAUCUCAACAUUCACAAAUAUACAUUUCUGACAUUCAAAAACAAAACAAAAACAAAUCAGUGACCAAUAUAGCCACCUUUCUUUGCAAGGACACUCAAAAAGCCUGCCAUCCAUGGAUUCUGUCAGUGUUUUGAUCUGUUCACCAUCAACAUUGCGUGCAGCAGCAACCACAGCCUCCCAGACACUGUUCAGAGGUGUACUGUUUUCCCUCCUUGUAAAUCUCACAUUUGAUGAUGGACCACAGGUUCUCAAUGGGGUUCAGAUCAGGUGAACAAGGAGGCCAUGUCAUUAGAUUUUCUUCUUUUAUACCCUUUCUUGCCAGCCACGCUGUGGAGUACUUGGACGCGUGUGAUGGAGCAUUGUCCUGCAUGAAAAUCAUGUUUUUCUUGAAGGAUGCAGACUUCUUCCUGUACCACUGCUUGAAGAAGGUGUCUUCCAGGAACUGGCAGUAGGACUGGGAGUUGAGCUUGACUCCAUCCUCAACCCUAAAAAGGCCCCACAAGCUCAUCUUUGAUGAUACCAGCCCAAACCAGUACUCCACCUCCACCUUGCUGGCGUCUGAGUCGGACUGGAGCUCUCUGCCCUUUACCAAUCCAGCCACGGGCCCAUCCAUCUGGUCCAUCAAGACUCACUCUCGUUUCAUCAGUCCAUAAAACCUUAGAAAAAUCAGUCUUGAGAUAUUUCUUGGCCCAGUCUUGACGUUUCAGCUUGUGUGUCUUGUUCAGUGGUGGUCGUCUUUCAGCCUUUCUUACCUUGGCCAUGUCUCUGAGUAUUGCACACUUGUGCUUUUGGGCACUCCAGUGAUGUUGCAGCUCUGAAAUAUGGCCAAACUGGUGGCAAGUUGCAUCGUGGCAGCUGCACGCUUGACUUUUCUCAGUCCAUGGGCAGUUAUUUUGCGCCUUGGUUUUUCCACACGCUUCUUGCGACCCUGUUGACUAUUUUGAAUGAAACGCUUGAUUGUUCGAUGAUCACGCUUCAGAAGCUUUGUAAUUUUAAGAGUGCUGCAUCCCUCUGCAAGAUAUCUCACUAUUUUUGACUUUUCUGAGCUUGUCAAGUCCUUCUUUUGACCCAUUUUGCCAAAGGAAAGGAAGUUGCCUAAUAAUUAUGCACACCUGAUAUAGGGUGUUGAUGUCAUUAGACCACACCCCUUCUCAUUACAGAGAUGCACAUCACCUAAUAUGCUUAAUUGGUAGUAGGCUUUCAAGCCUAUACAGCUUGGAGUAAGACAACAUACAUAAAGAGGAUGAUGUGGUCAAAAUACUCAUUUGCCUAAUAAUUCUGCACUCCCUGUAUACCAAAAGAGAAACCAAACAGGUAUAUAUAUCUAUAUAUAAUCGAUAUAUAGAUCUCCACAGCUGUCAAUGGCUGUGCCUCCCUAAUGUCUAUGUUGGUUAGUGUCUAAUCAGACUUCUGACUUUAAUAUAAUAAUCAGUGUCAAUGUCUGAAUGAUAUAGAGAAAAAUAUAUACAGGUAACAUGGACAUCUAUUCUAAUGUUAACACAGCAUUUGUAUCAAAAUGUCAGAUAAAUGGCAGGCUUACAACAAAGAUUAAAUGCAGUGCUGCUGCCUCAUUAUCAAAUAGUGCUAUGUUAAACCUGUGACUAAAGGGGGGGAGUGAGAGUAACCUGUUAUAUACUAUGCAACAGGCUAGCCAUUCAUGUAACUGUGUCUGGGAUAAUAUUCAUUACGUGAAUCCACAACAGAAACAAAAUAUCCAGUCCUAGUAAAUGAACAAUAGAGAUAGCAACAUUGCCAUCCAGACAAAUAUAUUCAAUGGACUGAUCGUGGCUGCCUCUGGUACUAGAUAUAGAACCAGGUAUUUUAGGUUCUCUCCCCCAAUAGUACUAAAAAAGAAUAUACAGGAGGGAAAGAAAAAACAGAAAGAACUGUUAGUGCAUCCUAAUGUGCAGGACCAUACUUAGAGUGUUGGUCUCUGCACAUGUGACAGUGUGCCCUGUGAAGUGAGAAAAAAGUGAAGAGAGAAACCCGACGCGCGUUUCGGUGCCGCUAAAGUGCAACCUUUAGCCCCUGACGAAGGUGCACUUUAGCGGCACCGAAACGCGCGUCGGGUUUCUCUCUUCACUUUUUUCUCACUUCACAGGGCACACUGUCACAUGUGCAGAGACCAACACUCUAAGUAUGGUCCUGCACAUUAGGAUGCACUAACAGUUCUUUCUGUUUUUUCUUUCCCUCCUGUAUAUUCUUUUUAAGUACUAUUGGGGGAGAGAACCUAAUAUACCUGGUUCUAUAUCUAGUACCAGAGGCAGCCACGAUCAGUCCAUUGAAUAUAUUUGUCUGGAUGGCAAUGUUGCUAUCUCUAUUGUUCAUUUACUAGGACUGGAUAUUUUGUUUCUGUUGUGGAUUCACGUAAUGAAUAUUAUCCCAGACACAGUUACAUGAAUGGCUAGCCUGUUGCAUAGUAUAUAACAGGUUACUCUUACUCCUCCCCUUUAGUCACAGGUUUAACAUAGCACUAUUUGAUAAUGAGGCAGGAGCACUACAUUUAAUCUUUGUUGUAAGCCUGCCAUUUAUCUGACAUUUUGACACAAAUGCUGUGUUAACAUUAGAAUAGAUGUCCAUGUCACCUGUAUAUAUUUUUCUCUAUAUCAUUCAGACAUUGACACUGAUUAUUAUAUUAAAGUCAGAAGUCUGAUUAGACACUAACCAACAUAGACAUUAGGGAGGCACAGCCAUUGACAGCUGUGGAGAUCUAUAUAUCGAUUUUAUAUAUAGAUAUAUAUACCUGUUUGGUUUCUCUUUUGGUAUAUUUACACACAUUUUUUGUUCUUAUCAUUAUAUUUUGCUACUAUUCAAUUUAAUUUCCAGUCAUAAUCUACUUUUCUGGAGUAAUUUUCUUCAGAUUUGUGGGAUUUUUCUCAAUGUCACACAUGUGUCCUGAAGUGGUUAAACUGUUCAAAGAACCAUGAUAAAUAACAAUAAAAGGGAAAUGAUGUUCAAGACUAAUGCCUUAUGAAAGAACAAGCAAACCAAAAAAAAAAAAAAAACAUGUUUAGGUUACAAUCCAAGUGUGUUUGUUUGUUUUUCAUUGUGCUAUCCUUUGGCUUGGUUCCAAACCUCUUAUUAAUUCAACUGAUUUUGCCAUACUCUUUUGAUCAUAUUACAAGUGGAAAUAGUAUUGUGUAAUGGAGAAGGCAAUCGUGUGACGUGCUAAAGUGAUUGCUUUUUUUUUUUUUAAAUGAUACACUCCAUAAUUGUUAGCAAAUAAUUUCCAUAUACUGAUGGAGCAUGCAGUAUCAAUAUAGCAUAGAUAGUAAAAAUACUUUACUAAAUGCAAUCUAGUUGGUAUCUUUCCAAGUACAGUUAAGUUACUCAUACUGUCAAGGUGAGACUAAUAAAUUCAUCUAUGCAGUAACAGAGUUGGGUGUGUUAAUGGAAUCUUCUCCUUAAAGGACCACUCUAGGCACCCAGACCACUUCAGCUUAAUGAGGUGGUCUGGGUGCCAGGUCCAGCUAGGGUUAACCCAUUUUUUCAUAAACAUAGCAGUUUCAGAGAAACUGCUACGUUUAUAAAUGGGUUAAGCCUUCCCCUAUUUCCUCUAGCGGCUGUCUCAUUGAGAGCCACUAGAGGCGCUUGCGUGCUUCUCACUGUGAUUUUCACAGUGAGAGCAUGCCAGCGUCCAUAGGAAAGCAUUAUGAAUGCUUUCCUAUGUGACCGGCUGAAUGCGCGCGCAGCACUUGCCGCGCGUGCGCAUUCAGCCGACGGGGAGGAGAAGAGGAGGAUCGGAGGAGGAGAGCUCUCCGCUCAGCGCUGGAAAAAGGUAAGUUUUUACCCCUUUCCCCCUUCCAGAGCCGGGAGGGAGGGGGACCCUGAGGGUGGGGGCACCCUCAGGGCACUAUAGUGGUCCUUUAACAGUCGUCUCGCCUACAGGGUCAGCAAUUGUAUUCUGACAGCCACUUGGAUUUCUCUGAUAGCUGCCAUUCUCAGCAGAAUUCAUGGAAAACGAUAGAGGAGCAUAGGCAGAUGGACCAUAUUGAUAACUGGUUUUGAAAUAUUUUACAGACAAAGAUAAGGUGAUGGUGAAAUCAGUUUACAGUUCAUUCUUCAAUGGAAUUAUUUUUCUAAAUGCAACAUUUCUUAUAACAAGUUUGGAUUUUAAGAUGUUGGCAUUUAUUAGGAAACAAUUCCAACAAAUCUUUAUCAGCCAUAAACAACUGGUCGGAUGGCACAUAUAUAACUACACCAAGAUUUAGCCAGGUUACAUGUUACACAAAAAGAGUGAAGAAUGCAAGGAGCGAAAAAUAAUGAGUCUUUCACAUAACCAAGACAGGAACAAAAUCUGGAAUACUGAGAAGAUGGGAAAUAUUUACAGUUAAAAUAUAUAUAUAUAUAAAUAUAUUCUAAAACAUAAUCUGCCCAUCUGCCCAUGCUACACAUGAAAUAAUACAUGGAUCAAUUCUGUUCAGUUCAGGGGCUCUCACAUUAGGACGUACUAGGACAUAUGGAAAUAGCUGCCACUAAGACUGUAAUUCCCACUAAUCUCAGGCAGCACUGGAACAAAGUGCUGCCCUAACAGUAAAGUCCUCCCCUUAACCAUUACAGUACAUUAGCAAUAAACAUGAAUUCCUACACUAUCCUACCUCUAACUAUUAACACUUACAGAGUUAUUCACUAAAAGUCCAAAGAGUGCCAUACCGAAAGGGGGCAAAAUCAUCUGACUCUGUAUGGGGCCAUUCAGACUGCAAAAACUGAACAAUAUUCACAAUUUUUAACAAAUGGGCCAGAAUUGCUUCUAUUCUUCAGCUUGUAUGAACCCUGACAGAUAGCUGAUCCCUGGGCCUGGAUGCUUAAAGGGAUCCUAUAGUGCCAGGAAAACAGGUUUUCCUGGCACUAUAGGCUCUUGGAGUGGCUCCCUUCCUCGGCGCUGAAGGAGUUAAAACCCCCUUCAACCACUUACCUUAAUCCAGCGCCGGUGACCUCUCCUCCCCCGCCGACGUCAGCUCCCGAGUGUAGCCGAACGCGCAUGCACGGCCAGAGGCGCACGGCCAUUCAAACCCGCCCAUAGGAAAGCAUUACCCAAUGCUUUCCUAAGGGGAUUUUUUUUUUAACGCUGGAGGUCCAUGAGGAUGUCCAGCGUCAAAUAAGUGUGAUUUACUCAGUGUGAAUCGCGGAAGCGGCCUCUAGUGGCUGUCAGGGAGACAGCCACUAGAGGCUGGAUUAACCCUCAAUUUUUUCAGCUGCAGGGUUAAAACUAAGGUGACCUGGCACCUAGACCACUUCAUUGAGCUGAAGUGGUCUGGGUGCCUUUAGUGGUCCUUUAAAUCCAGGAUUGGAUUUUAAAUGUAAAAACUAUUUGUCCACUGGCAACACUAGUAAGAAAAGAAAACAAUAACUUUCAUGUGUGGUGGAUAGCAAGAGCUUGCUCACCAGGUUCCACAUUAAAAUGUGAAUAAAUAAAAUAAUAAUAAUAAUAUAGGGAACCCACCCUAUAGAGAACCCACCCUGCCUUACCUUGGUGAGUAAAUAUCAGCUAAACAGUGAGCAAAUGGGAUGUUAUUGCUAGUCAAUCUCUAAAAUGACCCAAAUCGGUAGUAAAUUACCAGGGGUCACCUGGUACUGCUUCUCCCCUUAUCUCCAUAGUCUGUGGGUGUGGGGCUGGCUUAAAUUGAUACAUGAAAAGACAUGCCUGUGUGUGCCCAUAACCAUGUAUAGCUAAUGAUCCAAUUGUAUAAAUAUGAAGGGGACAUGAAUGUGACCCUUGACCAUGUACCGUGCCCCCUUGUACCCCUGCGACUGGGUACCAGCCGCCAUGUUUUGCAACCCCGGCCCUCGCAGCAAACCGCCGGGGCCGCACGUUUAAGAGGCCCAUCGGGUGGCCCAUGCUGUUAGGGCCACCCGAUGGGUAUGGAUUUUCAGGGGUCCCGGUCAGCGCUGCGAUGAGAUCACUGCUGGGAGGAAGUGACUGCCCUGGUCACUCCUCCCAGCAUACACAGAGCCCGCGCGGGAGGCAGGAGAGGGAGUCAGAGUGGGAACUCUGACUUCCAUCAACCUGAGCCACCACUGGAUCCCAGGAAAGUCACCCUCCUGCACCUAAAAGGUAGGAAACAGGAGGGUGACUUAAACAUUUUGUAUAUGUGUGUGUGUGUUUGUUUGUUUGUAUGUAUGUGUGUUUGUCUGUCUGUAUGUAUGUUUCUGUAUGUAUGUAUGUCUGUAUGUAUUUGUCUGUGUGUAUGUAUGUGUCUUUGUGUGUGUGUGUUUGUCUGUCUGUGUGUAUGUAUGUGUCUGUCUGUGUGUAUGUGUGUGUGUGUAUCUGUAUGUAUGCAUGUCUUGUGUGUGUGUCUGUCUGUGUGUCUACGUGUAUGUGUCUGUAUGUAUGUGUCUGUGUGUAUGUAUGUGUCUCUGUGUAUGUAUGUGUCUCUGUAUAUAUGUGUGUUUGUAUGUAUGUGUGUAUCUGUCUGUCAGGAGGAGAGUCAAAGGGGGGGGGGAGGCAUGGAUCAGUUUUGCACCGGGGCCCCAUGGAUUGUGUGUACGCCACUGGGUGAGGACAAUAGUACACACAGGGUUGGGCAAGCCAGGCAGGGGCUAUUGUAUAAUCCAGGGUAGAUAUGCCAUUGUUCAGGCCCAAAACUCUUAAUUUCAGCAGUUAGUUAUAUUAUUUAUUUUAGAUAUUUUUGUUAGCACUUUGUUUGCUUAAUAAAUGUUUAGUCAAACCUUUUUUGUCAAAAUAUUGUAUUUUUUAAAUUGUAUUAUUUUUGCACCAACAUAUUGCAGAAUAAAACAUUGUUAAUAAUAUCUUCUCAAAUGUUCUUCAAUUUAUUAUAUCUCUAUUUGAAACACACAAACAAAAUCAAUAUCAUGUAAAGGUCAAGCAAGAUAAGAUGUUUAUUUUCUUCAUAGAAGGUAUUGCAAAUAUGGAAUCCUUUUUACAAUGUCAGUGAUUGAGAAUACACCUCUAAGGAAACUGAUUGGUUCGUUCUUAAGAGUAUUAGAACGUUUCUUUUUAUAUUGUAUCACUAUUACAAUUAUAAACCCAUCUAGCCUAAUUUUUAAUGAAGUAUCUUUUUUUGAACAUAGACAAUAGUUUACAAAGCACUUUAAACUAAUACAUGAUAAGCUGUAAGUGAUUAAUACAAUAAUAUUAAUAUACAGUGUAUUUCCUGGUACUUAGGCUUCCUAAACAAGAUGCCACAAGUCGAGUACCAGAUGAGUUGCUGCAGAUUUACCUCUUCCUCCCUGAGUGCACGGCCCAGGGAGGGUGCAGGCUAGCAGGUUGGGCACUGCUACCACCCCUUUAAGGGGCUGGCUUAGGAUUUGUAGGAAGUCAGACUAGUCCAGGAGGAGGUGGAGUGCGCCACUUAACGCUACACCAUAACUAGUGGAGUUCCGGAGCGAAGCUAGAGCAAUGUUUAGUGCACACCUGGGCAGGUGAGUGAGGGCUCCAAGGAGAGGGGUGUGAGAGAGAGAGUGCUGGGGGUCAGCCCGUAACCCUGAUUCAGACACCCUGAUUUCCAGGAAACCUUAGACACCGUCUGCUGUGAACUAGAGACGCUGGCAAGUUUGCUGUUUGGCUGAACAUGUGCCAAAUCCAUUUUGUUCUUUGUCUGUUGUUAUCCUGAGCUGCGUGUGUGGUGCCCAGAACUCCUAGCAGUAGGAUUACAAUGUAACUUUCUAUUUCUGCUCGUAUCCUGGCGUGCUGUCUGUUUGCACACUCUACCUGCCAUGCAUCUGCUGUGGAUUUAAAAGCUCAAGCUGGAGUUAGUGUGGGUGUAUGGUACAGGAGGUGAAAUAAUAGGCAAGUGACUGACAGUGGAAAAUGUAUACUGAUGUAAAGUGUCACGGUUUGUGGUUCAGUGGUGUCAAAAUGUCAACACAUACUGCGACAAGCCUGUUACAGAGCUGUGUAUGAGACUGCUACACUAUAUAUAUAUAUAUAUAUAUAUAUAUAUAUAGUUUGGUGUUUGUCAUUAUCCCGAGCCAGUCAUUCACACACUGCUUUUCAACCAUUGCCUGACAAUGAAAGGACGAGCUAAUCCUCCAUGAGAUUAAUGCAAAGGUUAUUGGAUCGGAUGUAUCUAUAUUGUGUCUUGUGACACACUGCUGCUUUUGCAGUUCACCUUUUCUGACUGGGCUUAUUUGCUAAACUAGACUUUGUAGAAGUGGUGUAACUAUUGCAUUUAUUCUUUAUUAGAACGCUGCCACUAGUAUUUUCUCUAUACUGUAGCAUGAUUUCUGUUGCAUGGUAAGAGGGCCAAAAAAAAGCAUCAUUAUGUAUGUGUUCUUUUCAAACAUUUUUAUCAUACUACCACAAGUGUAAACACAAAACUGACCAAAUGAAUUCUGCCUAUUUGCUAUAUAUAUGUAUAUAUAUAUUUCUCAUAGUAACUAUGGAUUAAUGCUUAAUGAUCCUUCAGUAACUAAAGCAACACUAACACUCCAAGCACCAUAACCACUAGAUCACUCUGUAGUGACUAUGGUGCCAGGAGUGCCCUUGCAUCCUACAAGGUUAAGUAGUUUAACGGUUUGCACAUGGUUUGACCAUUUACCUCUGGAAGCUCUCUGAAAUGGCCUGGCAGUGCAGGACUUCAAGGGUUACUUUAACCACCAUGACCUCUUCAGUGACUUGAAAUUUUCAUGGUGUUCGGAAUCUGUAUGCAAGGUCGCCAUCAGGGGGUUAAAGCGGUGUGUGUGCGUGUAUACAGAUAUGUGCACUUGCAGGCCUCUGCUGACUUCCAUAGUGAAGAGGGUGCCCAGCAGACUCCUAGUUCUACCUCCAGCAGCAUCCUCUCACGAACGCUGGCUGUCUAAACGUUGUCACGGGUUGCCAAUAGCAAUGCUCCGCACAGCUCGUGAGAGGGGAGAGGAGUGGCUGCCAGAGGUGGAAGCUUGAAUCUGGGCUCUGUCUUCACUAUAAAAGCACGCGGGAUCCUGUAUUGUGCCACUGGACCACUAGGCAGUGCUUCUUACCUGUGGUGCAGGCCUUGAGCUGUGUAAGGGUUCUCAAAACUUCUGAUUGCAGCAUUUCUGCUUGACUGCUGCACAUACUGAGUAAUCUUUAAAUAUUUAUUUUUCCCUUCUUUGCAGGUUUGAAUGAGGGAGCCCACAGGAGAGCUAUAGGAAGCUCCAUGCAGAAGCUUCUAGCCCUCCUUGAGGCUGUUACUAUAGCUUUGUAAGCUGUCACACAGUCAGCAGAUGGUGUGACAAUUUAAAGGAACACUCUGGUCACCAAAACUUCAACUAAACAAAGUUAUGUGUUUCUGGAUGCCCACUGGUGCUUUCUUACCUUAAGGGGUUAAACCGUUUUCAAACAUUUAACCCCUAGGCUGCCUGCAGCACCGGGUCUUCAGUUUCCCAAGCAGCAUCUGGCUUCUGAAAUUGAGUUUAGUGCUGAUGGGCAGGGGCACUUCUGAUUGGCUAGAGCAUUCAGCUGAUGCUCUAAGCCAAUUUUAAAUUAUUUAUUCUUAAUGGGAAGCUAAUGGUUUUGCUUAGUGUGAGCUGACUGCUGUAGCCAAACAGUGGCGGCACUCGGCAUUCAAAAAACAGGUUAGAAAGAAUCUGGGGGCCUCCUGGCACCAUAACCUCUUCAUUUAGAUGAGGUUGUUAUGGUGACUGGAGUGUUACCCUAAUCAGAAAGGGUACCAGGGCACUCUUUGCACAAUACACUAAUAUGAAUAAACAAUAUUGCUCAUCGUAGUGGUUAUGGUGCUGUGAAUGUUUAGCUGUUUUGUAUUUUCUUUUAGUGGUCUGUCAAAAAAAAAGGCUUUCCCCACAUCUAAAAGUCUAGCACUCUGUAGUCACUUGGAUAACGUGGAAGAUUCACUUCCACAUUACCCAUCCAAAGCCAUACAACCUUAUUUAACGUAAAGACAACUUAAAUUUACAGAAAAGGCUGCAGAUUUUAUCCCAUUAUCUUGCUAAAUACUUUGUAUGAAAGGGCUUCAAUGCUAGUUCUGGCCGCUCUCAGCGCCACUGCCCGACGACACUCCACACUUCUGGAAUCUGAAAAUUUCCGAAGCUGGAUGCAGUCAGGUGAAGAGUGGAUAUCACCCCUGCAGGCAUAUUUGGGCUUAAACUGUUCGAGAACAGUUUAACUCCUUGAGGUGAGAGUGCUUCCAGGGCACCAUAACAACUUCAUUUAUGUUAAGUUGUUUUGGUGCCUGGAGUAUGCCUUUAAAUACCUGCAGCUUACUCUGAAAUAUUGUCUCACACUAUAUUCUAACCAUUUCAUGGGGACAAUAUAUACAAAAAAAGCGAAAAGUUGACGAUCAAGUUUUUCCGCUGAGUGCUGUACUCCUAGGACUUUGCCCUGUAAUUUCAAUCCCUCCCCCCUCCCACCCUCAUAUCCAUUAUUCUUGUGAUCUUGAACUUAAACUCAGAAAGUGAUAAACCUCUGACAUUGGUAUACAUUGCAUUACUAAACCAAUAAUUGAUAAUGGAAUUGAAAAGAAAUCUAGGACAAAUAUUUUUGUUUUUGUUUGUUUGCUGUUAAAGUCUAAGCUAUAGUUCAUAUUUUAUGUUUCAUAAAACAUUCCUUUUUAAUUUACUCCAAUCUCUAGGUCUCUCUCAUUUUAUUUUGGCCCAUUCUUUUCUAAAAAAUAAAAUGUUUGUGUAAUGGAAUCAAACCGCAGUACUAUUUACAGUAAAGGGUUUUUAUACUUGAAACAAUGUUGAUAAACAUGUGUAAAUAAUGUACUGUGGCCUUAUCAUGAAGUUUCCUAAAAUGUCCAGAAUUGUCCUGUCCCUUUGCCUGGCUAUUUAAAAUGUUGGUAUGUAUUCAUUAGGCUCGUGCACUGCAAGGAUAACCAGUUCGGCCAAACCAUUUUCCCCAAAAAAUAGAAAAUGUUUCUGGCCUAAUUUUAGCCAUGUGACUACUCUGCAUAAUUCUGUAUCAAAAACCCGAUUUUGGAAACGAAUCAGACAAACCAAAAGAUUUGAGUAGGUAAAAUGUUUUUUUUCUUUAUCUAAAAGAACAUCUUAGUACCUCUGUAAAUAGUAAAUUAGGAUUAGUCCACACAGUGGAAAAAGGGCUUUCAUCAGCAGAUUAGGUUUUGUGACAUCUAUGUGGUAUUUUUAUUUUUAACCCAUUAAAAGAAGUCGCUAACGAACCAUUGUGAUCAUAUUGUCAUCAGUGUUUGUCACCUCAAAGGUUUUGAUAUUCAGGGAAAAGGAGGACACAAGCACUUUAUAUUGUUUAGCGCUUUAUAUUGUUAAAGGUACAGUAAAGUGAAAUGCAAUGCUUCCUUUUGCUAAGGCCAUGUCAUAACAUAUGGUUUAUAUUUAAAAUGUCUGCUAUGUUCCUAGUCUGUGGGGUUUUUUGUGCAUGGUCAAAUUUGCAGAAUGAGAUAUGGGACACCAUUUAUUUCCGUUCAAGUCAAUAUAAUAUUGCUUUACUUAGAUAUGCAUUGCUAUGGCAGCCCAGAUAGUUUGUAUUUUCAUAAAGCAAUCUUACAUUAACUGACACAAACUGUGAAUAAAAAGCUACUGUAAAAGUUAUGAGCUAAAUUUGAAUGGCUAGAAAUUCAAAGUGAAUUAAAAAUAAUUUUCAGAUAAUAUACCAAUUCAGCUAUGUUUUAGUUCCGCUGUUUUGACUUUAGAAGCUAUUCACUAAAUCGAUUUGUAGAUCUAGAAUUUGCAUUGCAAAAUGUAUCUGCUCUGGGGGUUAAUGAUACCAUACUACACACAAAACAUGAUUCAGAUUUAAUUUGGUAAGUGUCAUAGUUCUUGUGAAUAAUCUUACUUGACUUUCUGUCAAUAGAUGCAUAUAGAUUAACCCCUCCCCACUUUUCUUUGUCUUUAAAACUUUACAUAGUAGAAUAAUUUGUUUUAUAUCAUAAUGUAAUCCUGAUGUAAAUGCUGAGAAUUGUCAUUCUUGUUAAUAAACCAUGCAGCCAAAAUGUAAUAGAUUUCAAAGAUUGAUCAUUUCCAAGGAUUUGUAUUAUAUUAACCUACCAACAGUGACACUGCUAGAUAGCAAAUGGACCAGGGUAAUUUCUUAUAAUCCGUGUGUGUGUACUUAUGCUCCUCCUAAAACCACCCCUAAACAACACUUCAGAUCCAACACUGAACCCUAACUUCUAUAAAUUUAUAUUUUGAUCAAAUCUGUGAUUAAAUUCAGUAUUCCCUGAACCUAUAUUUAUGUUCACCCACUGAAUUAAAGGCUUACCCACAGCAAUACCCUCACACUGCAAUAUAAUUUCAGAAUUAGUGCUACAGCCACAAACAAUAUAAUUUAGUAUAGUUCUUUCUCUUUUAGUAUUAUGUGGGACUUGGCGCUAACAGUGAAGGUGCCACAAUUAGACCUGCUGAUCCCUCCAUUCCCCCAGCAAUGCGCUUUUAUUUUAUUUUAUUUUUAUUCGCCUUCCAUUUACCAAUUUGUAUGUGAUGAAAAAUAAAAUUGAAAUGUAGAAAUCCACAAUGUAAUAUUUAUCUUGAUGUUGGAACGGAGAGCCUCCAUCCUGGCGUCCUGUCAAUUUUCAUUGUUAGUGAGCAUAAAGGAGUGAAACCGUUUUUAUUUUUUUGUGUGUGUACGCACGCGCAUACAUAUCCCUAAUGCUCUCACAGCCAUAAUGCAAUGAAUACACUCUUCUCACAAUUAUCAUAGCAUUGUCGUGGGGCUAAAAAAAACAUUGCAAUGGUCUGAAUGGCUGUGACUCACCGGAGGAACAUUAUGUCUGCACCAAGUGGAGGUGCAGACUAAAAAUCUCCUGGGCUCCCCUCUUUAAAGGGACUCUCCAGUACCAGGAAAACAAACCAUUUUUCCUGGCGCUGCAGGUUCCCCCUCCCUCCCACCUCUCAUCCCAAGUUGCUGAAGGGGUUAAAAUCCCUUCAGUGACUUACCUGUAUCCAGCGCCGAUGUCCCUCGGCGCUGGUAAGGCUCCACCCAUGAUCACCCCGCCAACAUCAGCCGGCGGUUAGACCUAUUGCGCAUUCGCGGCAGGGCAGAUCUAAUGUGCAUGCGCGGCCUCCCCAUAGGAAAGCAUUGAAUAAUGCUUUCAAUGCUUUCCUAUGGGGAUUUCGGCAACGCUGGAGGUCCUCACAUAGUGUAAGGACCUCCAGUGUCGUAUAACACACUUCUCGUCUUCUAUGAACACGUAAGUGACCUCUAGUAGACGGCCACUAGAGGAGGACUUAAAGGACCAAUCUAGGCACACAGACCCCUUCAGCUUAAUGAAGUGGUCUGGGUGCCAGGUCCAGCUAGGGUUAACCCAUAUUUAUUAUAAACAUAGCAGUUUCGGAGAAACAGCUAUGUUUAUGAAUGGGUUAAGCCUUCCCCCAAAGCCUCUAGUGGCUGUCUCAUUGACAGCCGCUAGAGGCGCUUGCGUGCUUCUCACAGUGAGAGCACGCAAGCGUCCAUAGGAAAGCAUUGAUAAUGCUUUCCUAUGCGACCGGCUGAAUGCAUGCGCAUUCAGCCGAUGAGGAGGAGGAGAGCUCCCCGCCCAGCGCUGGAAAAAGGCAUGUUUAACCCCUUUCCCCUUUCCAGAGCCGGGCGGGAGGGGGACCCUGAGGGUGGGGGUACCCUCAGGACACUAUAGUGCCAGGAAAACAAGUGUGGUUUUCCUGGGACUAUAGUGGUCCUUUUAACCCUGCAAGGUAAAUAUUGCAGUUUAUGAAAACUGCAAUAAUUAAACUUGCAGGGAUAAGUGUAGUGAGAGUUGGCACCCAGACCACUCCAAUGGGCAGAAGUGGUGUGGGUGCCUGGAGUGUCCAUUUAACAAGACUGCUCUGGUCCAGUAAGGGAGACGAACAGGCCUUCCUUCAGGUUGUGUGUAUGUGUAUACUUGCUGUAUUCUGAAAUAUUUCAAUGUUACUGUCUUUCCUCAGAAUUUAGUGUUGCUCAGCAAUUAAGGCUGUGAAGUUCACUCAUUUUACUUGUCUGUUGCAUAUGGUUAUGAUCUAUAAAUGUAAAAUCUUUAGAAUGCCGGUGUACAUUCCUUUUACAUAUCUGAUUUGUAAUAUGUGACACUGCAACAUUCACAAGCUUAGAAUUGCUUGAUUUAUCUAGUGUCACUUAGUUUUAUAUUAUUAUUAUUAUUAUUAUUAUUACCAUUUAUAUAGCACCAACAGAUUCCGUAGCACGUUACAAUAUUAUGAGAGGGGAAUUAUAGAUUGUAUCUGUUCAAUAUAUGCGCUUGGAGCAGAAAAGGUCAAUUUUUGUAUCGGUUUUUCAGAAUUGGCAAGAUCAUGUUUGCUGUAGAAUUCCUAAACAAACUUUAAAGCAUAUAAAUUGGGGGCAUGGAUUGUCUAUUUGCCUCUUUAUUUCCAGUGUGUUAAGGCAUCCCCAGUUAGCUUUAUUUUGCUGAAGUGGAAAAUAUUUGAAUCUGUACUAAUGUUUUCUCUUUAUAGAUAUGCUCUGUGUGUGUGUGUGUGUGUGUCCCAGCUCUUUUCUAGUUCAUCGUAACUGUCACUGGCCUGCAGGGCUGUAAGCAGUUUGUUAAAUAGUGGGCAAAUAUUUAUGGAUUAUCCUGGUAAUCUGGUAGUUACAGCUUCAGAGAGGUGAAUCUCUUAAUGUUCCUCUAAUGUUGCUCGGUACUGUCUACAUGAAAAUAUCGGUCCCUGAAUAUUUUUUAUUUUUUCCCCUCCUAAUAUUGCUGAGCAGAAAACACCAAUGGUUCUGAUAUCUGUUGGAGAAAGCAGAAUAGGGGUAGGAAAAUAUUUUAGAAGACCCCCUUAGACACCUGAGAGGGCAACGGUUGUGAAUUGGGUACAUUUAUAGGCCUAGAAAACAUGGCAUUUCUUGGACCCUGAUAGUGGUGCUCAUAUAUAUUGUGGAGAAUGUUCUAUUGAAUUCAAAUUGUAAGGGAAACUGGACAUGUUCGGGGCACUAGUAUUUUGGGGUCAACCCUUGUGAACUGUUUCUGUCUAACUAUUGAGAAUAAAAAAAAGUUCUACUGCCAAAGAUUUUCAAUGUUAAAGCAUCAUGGGAAUUGUAGUGCUACACAGCACAGGGGAGGGGGAUUAUAGAUCUUUUUACACUAUAUAAUUUUUUUUUAUUUUUGAGCCUUCAGCCCUGUUAUUUCCUCUGGGAAAUGUGUACUAGAACUUGUGUAAAUAAUACCAUGUUAGCACAGUUACUUUGUCCACUGUGUAAAUAUUUAAACAUAAAUCUCUCCUGUAAACUACUUGACAUGUUAUUUAGUAAACACAAACUCUUAAUGCAGAGUAUAGAGAUUUUUAUUUUAUUCUUCCUUCUCCCUCCCCCUUCCCUUUUCACUGUGGGGAAAUUAUCAGGGCUUGAUAAAGUCAGUCUGUAUAAUGUUGCCAAAGCAGAACUUCCCUUUUGCUUGUGAUCUCCUAACAUGAAGGUGUGCAAGCAGAUAACCCAAAGCGUAUCAUUUGGUACGUCACCCCAGUGUUCCUGGUCAACACCUAUAAAUUCUUUAUUUUAUACCCCCAUAUAAAGAAUUGCUUCUUGUAAUAUUUUUAUUGCAAAUUUGAAGAUCAAGAAAGGAAGAGUGCAAGUAAUGGAGAGCUUCAAGCCAUUGCUAUUUGAAGGAGUGUUUCGUGAUUUGUGUCCAAGUUGUGAAAUAUAGAUCGGGUGAUUUUUUUUUUUUUUUAAUUUAUUCUGAAUGAAAGAGAAAACUGCAGCUGAUAACAAGCGAUCUAUAUUGCAAUAAUUAUUUACUAUAGUAGACCUAACCUUUUCAUCGGUUUCACUGAAGACUCUCCUUGCAUGUCCAUUAUGCAGUGGUCGUUGGAAUUUAUCAAUUUGUUGGAAGAGGGGAGGGGAAAAAAGGAUCCUCAGAUUAGCAUUUUUUAAAUUUAUUUCUAAGUUUGUCAAUUGCAUUGCAACAUUGUGAAACUUUUUUUUUUUUUUCUCCCUUGUAUACACGUGCUAACAACUAACGCUUUAAAAAAAAAAAAAAUACAGUAUAUACUCGAGUAUAAGUCUAGUUUUUCAGCACAUUUUUUGUGCUUAAAAACCCCCACUCGACUUAUACUCGAGUCACUGUCUGUAUUAUGGCAACUUAGAGAGCCGCGGCCGUCAGAGCCAUGGCAACGAUCCGCGCGGCAACCAGACCGCGAGACUUACAGUGGAGCUGACCGGAACGGAGGAGAAGGGAGCUGACAGGAGCUGCAGGAAAGGUAAGUAAAUGCUUCCUGCCGGCCCCCCCACUUCACAGCCCAUGCCACUGGACCACCAGGGAUUAAGAUAGCCCCCCUCCCUGACCAGUUAACAAGCAGGGAGGGGGGGACAAAAAAAAAUUAAAAUAAUAAAAAAAUUAAAAUAAUAAAAAUGCCCUCCCCCCACCCAGUUCACACACACUACACAAACACACACUCUGCAUUAUAUACACACUCUGCAUUAUAUACACAGUGUGUGUAUAUAAUGCAGUGUGUGUUCGUAUGAGUGUGUGUGUAUAUAAUGCAGAGUGUGUGUUUGUAUGAGUGUGUGUGUGUGUGUGUGUGUGUAUAUAAUGCAGAGUGUGUGUUUGUAUGAGUGUGUGUAUAUAUAAUUAUAAAAAUCACAGAAUUUCAUAGCCCCAAGAUUUACCGUCGACUUAUCCACGAGGCAUAGCAUAUUUCACAAUUGUUGGUCACAAAACUGCACUCGACUUAUACAUGAGAUCGACUUAUACACGAGUAUAUACGGUAUAUAUAUUUUUUCAAUAUUCUCAAAAUGUGAUAAAAAUAGGUAGGUUUUAUUUGUAUACUAUGGCUUUAUAAAUGGAAACAGAUGGAUUUUUAGAGCUCAGGGCAAGAUAAGCUGUAAUUAUAACUAGAAUUCUUGCAAAACAGGUUCAGGGGGUAGAUGCUAACCCUUAAUGAUUCUGAGAAGUAGCAUACAAACCAGUAUUCCUGACCCUAUAGUGUUAAAACCACAAUUUAGGUGGCUUGCCCUCUUAGGGUUAAAACUUAUCUAAUUUCCAGCUCUCUACAGGAAUUGAUUAUCUCAGCCAAUGUAAUGCUUUCCCACAGGAAAAGCAAUAUAUUGGUUGAGAUUGUCAAGGGGGCAGGGCCAAAAGCCACCCUGGCAAAUGGUCAUCUCCUCAACAUCGGUGCAUUGAAACAAUGCAUCUUUAUUCAGCAUCUCUAUGCAGAGUGUGAAGAUGAACAUAAGUUCUGCACACUGUGCAGCACUGCCCCAGGAAGCACCUACAGUGGCGUGGCCAUCUGAGGAGUGUCCACUGGAGGUGUCCCUAGGCUUUAAUGUAAACUGCCUUUUUUUUUUUUUAAAGACUGUGUGUUUACCGCAAAAAGCCUGCAGGAACUUGCUAUACUCACAGGACAACUACAAUAAGCUUUAGUUGUUCUGGUGACUAUAGUGUCCUUUUUAAGUGUGAACGGAGUUUCCCAUUUUCUGGAAAUUCAUCUUUUACUUACAGGAACAUUGGGUGUGUAGAUGUUGUUGUUCCUGGUCUUGGGAAUGGAGUCUCUGAAAUAAACAUCACUCCUCCUCAUCCUUCCAGAUUCUAUGAGAAGGGGAGGAAACCAAAAGGUCAGGUUUUAAUUCAUGAUUGUUCUUUGUCAUUUCUGCUUUAUUUAUUUUUUCUUGGGUUUUCACUUCCUAAGAAUUUCAUUUUAGUUGUAUUAGUGCUCAGGCAUUCCUGCUAAAAGGAUUGCGUGUAUUUGAAAGGAAAGUGUCCCGUGACUGUCAGAAAUGAAUAUACAUUUCAGAGCCAGGUUCCUCAACCGGAUUGUUAGAAGAUAAAAACAAAAAAUACUAUUUUAUUUUUUUGGGGGGGGGGAUUGUUUGCAUUUUAUUUUUUUCAUUUUUGAUUGCUUUAGCUGCAGAUUGUGAGAAAAGCGGCAAUUAUGGUGCUGUAUAAUAUUCUAUGUUAGUGAAUUGGGGGUUAAAGGGACACUAUAGUCACCGGAACAACUACAGCUUUAUGUAGUUGUUCUGGUGAGUAUAAUCCUUGCCUUUAGGCAUUUUCAUGAAAACACUGCAUUUUCAGAGAAAAGGGGGUGUCACUAGGGGCCAUGUAAACACUGCCAAGUGGCCACUCCUCAGAUGGCCACUGGAGGUGCUUCCUGACGCAGUGCUGCACAGUAGGCAGCAGUGCCGUUCAGAGUCUCCACGCUCUGCAUGGGGACGCUGAAUUUUCCUCAUAGAGAUGCAUUGAUUCUUUGCGAGGAGGUGCUGAUUGGCCAAAAAGGCAUUUUUACCCUACCCCCUUGCAGAUUUCAGUGAAUCUAAUGGAAAGCAUUGGAUUGGCUGAAAAUCGUCAAUUCUAAUAUCACCAUGGGGGCGAAGCUAGUGCCGGCAGACCCACGCGGCGCAGAAAAUAAGGAGUUUUUUUUUUUUUUUUUUUUAUUGCUUUUUAGGGAGGCUAAGGGGGCAAGCAACCUAAAUGGUGGGUUAAACACUAUAGGGUCAGGAAUACACGUUUGUGUUUCUGUCCCUAUAGUGUUCCUUUAAUAUAGUAAAUGUAGCCUUCUGGAAAUGGGGUAAAGCCCACAUCUCCCUGCUUUAUUAUACAAUUUCACUAAUCACACUGUUCUAAAGAAGUGCUUUCUUAAUUAUUAUUUAUAUAGCGCCAUCAGAUUCCGUAACGCUGUACAAUUCUCCCUCCUUAUCCUUUUAUCCUUCUGUCUAAAAGAAACACUAUAGGGUUAGGAACUCAAACAUGUAUUCCUGACCCUCUAGUGUUAAAAUCACUAUCUAGCUCUACCUCCCCUCCCUAAAUAUAGCAACAUCUUACUUUUAUUCUAGUCUGCUGCUGUUGGCUCUGCCCAUGAUCUGCCUGCUUGGCUUUUGUUCAAUACUUCUGAUGUCAGCCAAUCACAAUGCUUUCCCAUGGGAUUGGCGUAGACUGUCAAGGAGGCAGAUCCGGAACAGUCAACACGGGCCUGGCCUAUUGGCAUCUCCUCAUAGAGAUACAUUACAUCUGAGGAAAGCUCAGUCUCCAUGCAGAUGGUGGAGACCCUGAAUGGCAUUGCUUCACACUGUGCAGUACUGCCCCAGGAAGCACCUCUAGCAACCAUCUGAGGAGCGGCCAGUGACUAAACUAAUGUAAACACUGCAUUUUCUCUAAAAGGACAGUGCUUUCCUGGCACCUUUUUAAUAGAUGCCAGAGUCAGGGCCGGACUGGGAAAAAAAAUUAGGCCCGGGCAUUUUUCAAUUAGAGCGGCCCCCCAAGAAGGGGGCGAGGCCAGAGAGGGUGUGUUUUGUCAUCACUAAUGACAAGAUAGCCCCCUCUCAAAGUGAGCAUGUUGGUUCAAUGCGCAGAGCCCCGCUGAAGAGCUCUAGCAUUAGAAAUAGGCCCUGUAUUUGUUCUGCGCAGCGCAAGCAAAUGUAAUAACAUGCUUGAGCUGUGUUUGCUUUUAAAUUGUCUCUGGUGUCUCCACAAGUGGGAUACCAGAGGACAAAAGGGCUAGGAAAGUAUGUUGCAUGUGUUUGGUGCAUGCUUGUGGGAUUGCCUGUGUGUAGAGUGUGGUGUGGUAUUGUGUAAAUUUUGUGGUGUAAUAUGUGUGGCUAGGGGCUGUAGAGAGUGCGUGUAUAGGGGCAUAAUGUUAUAGGGUAUGUAGCGAGUGUGUGCAUACGGGCAGUAGUGUGUGUGGGGGUUGUAGAGAGGGUGUGUUUAGAGAAUGUUGUAUGUGUUUGCUUAUAAGGAAUGUAGUGUGUGUAGGUGGUGUGUGUGUGUGUGUGUGUGUGUGUAGAGGAUUAAGAGUGCAUAUAGGGUAAGGGAUCUAAUGUGUAUCUGGAGCGUAAUGUGUGAGGGGUGCUGUAGUGUGUGUGUGUGUGUGUGUGUGUGUGUGUGUGUAUAUAAUAUAUUUAGACAUAUUGUAUGUGUGAGGUGCACAGUGUGUUUGUGUAAGAGGGGUGAUGUGUGUGAGGGUGUUUUUAUCUGCCGUCACAUUCUAGGUUUCUAAUUUUCUUUGUCUGUUAACUCACUGAGGGUGAUAAUAAUAAUAAUAAUAAUAAUAAUUAUAUAUAUUGUGUGGGGGGGGGGCUGUUAGGGAAUUUAUUUUAAAUAUUUGUUUUUAUUAUUAAUAAUUAAAAUAAAGAGUUAUGUCCGCCCCCUCCCUUCUUGCCUUUAUCCUGGGAGGGGGGGGGAGGAGAUCCGUGUUGCCGUGGAGGGGGGCUGUACUGCCAUCCUUCCCUGGUGGUCCAGUGGUGAGAGUGAACUUUAGCCUGCAGGCUAGAGUUCACUCUCGCGAGAUCUGAACGUUGCCGCGGUAACGCUCAGAAUCCCACGAGAGGACCCGGCGGAGCUGCUGGUUGAUCUCCCCACCGGCUCAUGGAGGCACACAGCGGGUCCGGCGCUCUGAUAGCGCUGGCCCUGCAGGGGCUGACAGGGGAGAUCCUGUGAUCUCCCCUGCCGGCCUCGGCCCCACGGCCAUCGCGGCCCACCGGGCAUUUGCCCAGUAUGCCUCCUGGCCUGAGUGCACCCAGAGCAUUAUUGGGGAAUAUUUCCUCUUGAAACAUUAGUGCUUCAGAGUUGAGUAUGGGGUUUUUUUUUUUUUUUUUUUCUGGCCCCUACUCAUCACAUGAGUAAUCCCUACAAUAGUGUUUGGGAUGAGGAACUAACCAUUCUAGAGAGGUCCGUCCAUCCCAGAUUGCAAUAGAAAUGUUAUAAAUUAACCUUGUUACUCCCCUUCUCAAGCUGUCAGACAAUAAGUCCUGGUUGUAUAACCUAGUGGAUCUAAACCCAUGGGGUAGCAAUUGCCCCGGAUAUCUUCCUCAAGAUAGUUUCUCAUUGAGAUCUACCCCCAGUAGGGAAAAAGUGCGUAUGUAUGUAUGUAUGUAUGUAUGUAUGUAUGUAUGUAUGUAUGUAUGUAUGUAUGUAUGUAUGUAUGUAUGUAUGUAUGUAUGUAUGUAUGUAUGUAUGUAUGUAUGUAUGUAUGUUUAUUUUGGGGGUGCUGUAGAGUGGUUUUUUUUUUUUUUAAACUACUUGAGAAGCCUACUGAUGCCUGUCAUGCUUUCUCUCAAUUUAACUCUCUACUUGAACACAAUCCAUCUCGUUUCUGCUCUCAAAAUGUUGUUGACAGAGCACUUGGCAAAUAGAUUUUUGUGAAAAUGUAACUUCGUGUAGCAAUCUUUGCCAAAAUGAGUGCGGAACUGACAACUUGCACCCAGUCCAAGUCUUGGGAGCCAAGCUUAUCUAAUAAAUGAAUGGUUAGCGCAGUGGAUUUAUGUGAUAUGUGGUUCAGCGGGCAGCAGUUCUAGAUAAACCUCCUGCCUAUGCUUUUAGUGUAUAAGAUAUUUGUGAAGGAGUGCGUGUGCAGAGUAUGUGGAGGACUUGAACCACAAAUGAAUUCUUGGCCUCCUAUUCUGUUGUCUGUUAGUGAAGAUGUAGCUUACAGCUGCAGAGCGGUUUGUUUUUAUUAUGCGAAUCAUUGCAGUUAUACUGUCUACAUAGGCCCUUCCUGGACCACAACUGUUACAAAAGGCGUAGGAUAGCACGGUGUUUGUGGUGUUUGAUCUUAUUUAAUAAAUACAACUGAUUAACCUCCAUGCUACUAAAGUUCUACCUCUCUGACACAUUUGGUACAUUGAUUGUUGAGCACACUUUAGAUCAGGCUUCCCCAAACUCUGACCCUCCAGAUGUUGCUCAACUAAAACUCCCAUGAUUCUAUGAAUUAUAUAAGCUGAGAAUCAUGGGAGUUGUAGUUCAGUAACCUCUUGGGGGAGUUUGGGGGAAGCCUGCUUUAGAUGAUAUGUUCUGUAUCCUUCUCACGCACUGGCUUCUGCACACUAACACUUUCUGCAUUUCCGUCCUUUGGCCACCUACUACACACACCCUCUCUGCAAAAACUUUGCUUCCUUUUGACUUUCAGUAUAAUGUGAAUAUCAAUGUAUCUCUCCCCUGCAGGCUUUCUCUGUUAACUUUGUGUUAGCCUAUAGUCACAUUUUUCUUCUGUAAGAAGAUAAGUCACUACAUGUGAGCCCAAUGGUUCUCCCCACAGGCAAUCUGGUACAACAUAGUUAGAAGGAUCUUGUUUAGGAAAUACAUGAUUUUAUUUUUGACUAAAAUUUUAUUGAAGAGUCAAACUGUUGUGCCAAGUGAAAUAAGUUCAAGGAAAACUAUUGUUGGCAAUACAAAUGUGUAUUCCUAUAGUGCCAUAUUAACUAUUUAUGUUCCCGGACCACCUCUCUGUAAAAGGGGAAAAAAAAUCUGUUUUCCGUACCUUUUCUCCCUCGCGGUGCUGGUGUCUGCACGAACAUCCUGCCUCCACGGCAGAAAUAGUCAAGAUUAUCGAUAUCAAUCAAUCCAGUAUUUCCCAUGGGAAAGCAUUGGGAGGCUAGUGUGCAUGCUUGUGCCAAUCAGAUGGUUGCCAUGAGUUUCACUUGGCUGUUAACUACAGGUAUAAUUUGUCCCAGACCACUUCACUGAGAUGAAGCUGUCUGGGCACCUGUAGUGUCCUUUUAAAAAAAAAAAAAAAAAAAAAAGUUGUAAAAGGGAAAGAAUUACAUAUUUAACCAUUUAGUUACAGCAUUGAGGAGGCUACUGGUAAACUUCAAAGAAAUAUGGAAAUUUUUAUGUAGUAUGUGGCAAACCUAGCCACUUGGACAUUAUACAGAGACUAUGGCUUUAAGGGUUGCCUGUAUGGUUGUGGUGAUAUGUAUGUUCCUGGGUGUAAUGUAUGCUGACUGUAUAGUAUUGUAUUGCCUGCAUUGGCUAUCAGCCGAAAGCAGAUAGCUGGAUUUCCUUUCGUUUCACGAACGGCGCCUUUGAGGGUUCGUUCGUGAACCGAAUAAACCAACCUGUAACAGCCCACACAUUAAGAGACGUGUGGCGCUUGUUAACCGAUUGCAACAAUGUUGCAAUCGGUAAUUAGAGGCUCUCCUAGGUGGCCGUCGUUCGACUUCCGACCACGCGGCGGUCGGCCAUCUUGGAUCCUUUGUUCCUCCAGCGGUGUUUGGUCGUCAAGCGCGUGGUACUAAAAACGGCUACUCGACGGCGCGAACACCGCUUGACUUCCAGGCCGUUCGGGAGUUCCGGGCCGUUCGGUAUUUUAUUCCCCAUAUGCCAAUCGGUCUUUUGAAUGCAUGUUUUGGUGAAUAUGUUUUUCAUACGGCAUUCGGUUGUUUUAGCUGGGAUCUGAGCGGUAAUCUCACGAAUGAUGCGCUCAGACCCCAGCUAUCUACAGAACGUCCAUUCGUGCAAAUUAACCUAAUAUUUGAAAAGUUGUGUUUUUUUUAAUAUAAAUUGCCGGUUCUGCUGCACGGAGGGAUAAUCCACUUAACUGUACAUUCCAGUGGGAGGAUCCCUCUCGUACAGCAGUGCCUGAUGGGAGAAAUUCUCUGUUUUUUUAAGUUUCCCAUGUAGUCCACUCCUGUAAUACCCCUGGGGUAGGACUCAGGAAACCCCUUGCAUGGGGAAUUGUAUAAAUUGUGGAGCCUGUGAAUAAAGCCUGAGUUGACUCUCAGAACUGUGUUUCGUCCGGUUACUGGGAGAUUUGGGAUAUGGCCUUACUUUUCAGCGCUUGACUGUGGAUUACCUUCUGAACCAGCGGAAAUCGUGGGAUUUAAUAUUGCCGCUCCGCUACAUAGUACAUAGGACAUUAACCAAAAUGCACUCACACAAAUUACAGCUAAUGUUCAUCCUCCACCCAUCCCCAAGGAAUUCCUCUUCAAAUGCACUCUGCCGUGGACAUUAUCUUCUGAGGAGACUUGUUACUGAGAAACAUCCUAACUAAAAGGGAUACUACAGUGAAAGGAUUAGUUACAUUAUAGCUACGUCAGCCCACUGCACUGCAAGGGUUAAUCAACAGCCAAUAAACCCUUACUAUAUUCCUCCGAUUAACCCCUUCACAACCGUGGACGGUUCAGGCCCGUCAUCGGAAAAAUCCCAUUGAGGACCGGUGACUGUCCUGAACCGUCAUAACGGUAUUAUGUACUUACCCAAACGCCGUCGUUCCCUCGGCAUUGCUCCUUGAGUGGGGAGACUGCCUGACCGCCCAGGCAGUCUCCCCAUGGCAAAUUAGGACCCCGCGGCCAUGUGAUCACUCAACAGUGGUCACAUGGCCAAAAUAGCUUUCCAGUAUAGUAUCUGCCUGCAGGGGGACUGCCUGUGCUGACCUUUUAUAUCUGUUAUAUCUAUAUAUGUCAUGCUAAGUGUGUUUUUUUUUUUUUUAUAUUAAUAUAUGCAUAUAUUAAUAUAAAAAUACACUUAGAAUUAAAUUACACGUGUGUUUGUAUAAUAUAUAUUAAUAUAUUUAUAUCAAAAUACACUUUGACUAUAUAUCUAUGUAGAUAUAAAUCAAAAUAAUACAAAAUAUAUCCAUAUACAAUUUCAUAAACAUACACGACUUCAAAUAUAUAUUUAAAUUCUACGUGCAUAUUUAUGUAAUAUUUUCACAUAAUUAAGUAAUUUUAUUGAUUGCAAUUUGAAGGACCUGCCUGACAACCCAGGCCAAAAGUCCAGAGAAUUUAAUUUGCUAGCACUGUAUUUAACCCUGUAACUUUCUAUGACACCCUAAAUCUGUACAUGGAGGGUACUGUUUUACUCGGGAGACUUCGCUAAAAACAAAUUAGUGUUUCAAAACCGUAAAACAGAUGAUAUUGUCCGUAUAAGUGACGUUUUUUGCAUUUUUAACACACAAAUGGCACUUUCACUGAUGCUAUCACUGUGAUACAUUUUACUGUUUUGAAACACUAAUAUUUGUGUUCGGCAAAGUCUCCCUAGUAUAACAGUACCCCUCCCAUGUACAGGUUUUAUAGUGUUUUUGAAAGUUACAGGGUCAAAUAUUUUUACAUGGAAAAUUGCCAGAUUGAUUCUGUUGCCUUUGAGAGUGUAUGGUAGCCCAGGAAUGAGAAUUACCCCCAUGAUGGCAUACCAUUUGCAAAAGUAGACAACCCAAGGUAUUGCAAGUGGGGUAUGUUCAGCCUUUCUUUAGUAGCCACUUAGUCAUAAACACUGGCCAAAGUUGGAGUUCAUAAUAGUUUUUUUUUGCAUUUUUAACAUGCAAACAUAAAUGCUAUCUUUGGCCAGUGUUUGUGACUAAGUGUCUACUAAAAAAGACCGGACAUACCCCAUAUUGAAUACCCUGGGUUGCCUAACUGAAAUUUUUUUUUUUUUAAUGUAUAUUUAAGGUGUGAUUCAGUAAUGUGACAGAUAACAGUGUUACAAUGUCACUAUUAAUACAUUUUAAAAAUAUAUAUAUUGUUUUUUAAACCGCAAUUUCCUACUUGUACUUAUAGCCCUAUAACUUGCAAAAAAGCACAUAAAAACUGGAUCUUUUUAAACUCAGGACAACAUUUUGAAUCUAUUUAGCAGUUGUUUUUUGUUUUUGUUUUUUUCACUAGCUUUCGUAGGUAAGUGAAAGAUUUUUCAAGCAAAAGUCAAACGUGUGUUUUUUUUUGUUUUUUUUUUUUAAAGUAAACUAUGAUAUGAUCCAAAUAAUGGUAAAGAAAGUACUUUUUGUCCUGGAAAAAAAAAUAUGUAACUUGUAUGGGAACAAUAAAAUGAGAGGAAAAAAAUACAGCUAAAUACAAACACCACAAACAUUUUAAAACAGCCUUGGUCCUUAACGUACAACAUGGCCAAAACAGUCCGGUCGUGAAGGGGUUAAAGAGUGAACUCCCUCGGCACUGGGUCAGCUCUCUGCCUCCUGCAACAUCAUCCCGAUGGUGGGCUAAUGUGCGAGCAAUGCAUUACACAUAAUGUAUUUUUAUUUGAAACUGGGAAGUGACAGGAGAGCUUUCAUAGGCUACUGGUUUGAUGGUUUUCAGGAAAAAUGGUCAGUGUGUUUCCUGCUCUGCAGGUUUUUUUUUUUUUUUUUUUUAAAAGACCAUAUAACCACCUGUUUUGAAAUGAUUGUGGAAUGUAUGUACUGCACACUAUAAGAUUUUUCUGAGGUCACCAAAAAGCAAGUUGUCUGUGGUGAGGUAAGAGUUCUUUCUAAAUAUGACGUAACUUUCUUUCUUUAUUUAUUUUUUUAAUUCAUUUAUUUUCUUAACUUUCUGUCUUUUCUGUCAAAGGUAUUUUAUUUUUAAUUGCCACACGCCUUGUUUUGUUUAAUGCUGUUUACAUAUCCAUUACUAAUGUUUAAGGGUGCUCCACCUGUCCCUAUCUGGUCUACAGCUGUCAUGCUGAUUUAAGUAUACUAAAUCAGUAUAAGAAGCAUUUGUGGUGAUUAGUAUCUCCAAAUCAUGUGUUCCUGCAAUGCUGAAACAGUCAUAACAGGUUUGUUCCAUCAGUGACAGGAUUAGAAGUGUGUUAAAUAAAUAUAAAAUGUACUCCUAUGUCGGCUGCAAAUCUUGCUGGGGAAGACCUGUCAGGAUACCUGAUCAGAGUUUUCAGAUCCCACAGGUCUCCCUGACAUCAGGGGACUACCUGGUGAUGCCACAUAUGUCACCGCAAUUUUCAUGCAAAUGUUCCCAUACCCAUGCUCAUUCCCUUAGUAAUUCUCAUAUCUGUGCUCACUUUGAGAACUACACAUACCUAAUCUGUCUGCUUUGGACCACUCCUUUUUGUCCACAGAUCUCUCCAAUGCUAUCAGAUAUUUUAAACAUGAUGCACUAUAAACCAUGUCUAUGACUGUAUCCUUUUUUUUUUUUUUUAUAUGGUGCCAAGGUCAAUGCCACUUUCCUACCUGGGGAGGUUUAACCAUUUGAACACUCUUAACUCCAAAGGUUCACUCUCCAGUGCCGGAUCUUCUUGUCCCCCACAGCAGCAUUUUUUUAAAUUUUUUUUUCUCCAAUGGUUUUUCAGAAAGUGUGGAGUGCUGCCGAGCAUGGGCACCACUGAUUGAGAGCAGUCAGCUAACACUCUAAGCCAAUCAGGCGCUUCGCAUAUAUGAAAAGUACAUGCCUGUCUCAGUCGCUCUGCCAAUGACUUGGACAAUUUGCGUGUCCUGCGGUUGCAGGAUUUCUCCUGCAGCUCCAUGUCUUUUUAGAAGCCCCUCAAACCAAUUUCUUUGCCUUGAAAAACUUAAGUGUUAUUUGUAUAAUGUCUUUGUGGUAGGUUGAGUAAAAACAAGGUUUGUAGCCUUUCAAUUUUUUUUUUCCCCCUUAAAUCUCUCAUCUAUCCUAACAUAGGCCGCAGUUAUAAGCGUUCCAAAAGAUUCAAUACUGUUUGGGAAAAAUCUUCCACAUUAUUUAUCUACAGAAGUCACCAUUUUAAUGUAACAAUGCAAAGUUUGUGUGCCCAGGACAUACUUGAAAACGUGUGUGUGUGUGUGUUUUAAAAAAAAAAAAAAAUAUAAUAAUAAUAAAAAUUUUUUGUAGACUUGUGCUUUUCUUUUCCUGUCAGGCAAUCAGCGAUUCAUCAGAAUUCCAUAACACAACUGGUAAUGAACGAGUAAUUUAAUUUGUUUCAUAAUUCAAAUAUGGCAACUGUCCAGCACUUGCUAAGCAGCUGCCAUAUUAAAAUGUUUAAAUAAUAAAAAGUCAAUUAAUCGGGGGGUGGACCUGUGAUGAAUGGGUGGGGACUCUAUAAAACACACCCAAUGCCCAUUGGUACAAGGUAGAUGGAGAAUAUCAGGUUCUACAUUAGUGGGGGUGGGAGGGAGUUCCUGAAAACUGAACUCCUUGUCUCUCCUCCUCCAAAUACGGAUCCUCUUCUUCUUUCGCUUUCCCUUCAAGUCAGUGAUAUCCAUAUCAAUUUGUCUUUUCAUUAGACCAGACAUCCCCUGUGGCAUUACUGGAAGGCAAUAAUGUAGAUCUUACACAUCCCGUAUACUAAUGACAGCCAUAUUUAACUCCACAGGCUUUUCAUUUCCAACUUACUGCUUUCCCAAACACUCAAUGGGUACCUGUCAUGCUAUUAAUAACUUUUGCUCUUUUGUGUUUUAGCUUAGCCAGAACUGUCAAAUCAGUUUUUCAGCAUAGAUUUUUGAUGAAGAAUUAAUAAGGGUGAGCAGAAAGAGGCCUUCCACAGACCGUUCUUUUGCUCCUCCAAGCAUAGCAACCACAGUGCAUGUACGGUGAUUGCCAUGGUACCUCUCUAGCUGGUGCUGUUGGCACUGGUUAUGGAGUAAAGGAACAAAGUGACUGGUGUUGCUCCAUUUAGAUGCUGGCAUGCAGAUAACUGUCAGUGUCACAGAGAGAUUUGCCCUUCUUUGAAAAGCAUCCCAGGCAGGGCAAAACAAAGGAGAUUGCAGGAGGACUGGAAGUAGGUGUUAUAGAAAUGUAAUACCAUCUUCUGUGAGGCCAUGGUGGUGCAGGAGUGGAGGCUGAGACGACUACAGAUUAUCUUUAAUUGAUGACCUUCUUUCCCACUUUGCCCCCUCUCUGAUUAUCUUCUGUUAACAUUUGUUUUCGGUUUUAUUCCCACAUUCUAAAGCAGUGUGGAAUAAGUUGACGAUAAAUAAUGUAUGUGAAAUUUUUCAGCUUCAUGGAGUGUCUCUUUAAGGUUUUUUCUUUUCUCGUGAGUACACCUUAUUGUUUUAGCAGCUGUUGGUGAUCCCUGCCUUUUGCUAUAGCUUCUUUGUUGUCCAUGGCUAAUAAUUUGACUUAAAAAUAAACAAUAUAUCCAGACGUAUAUAAUUGUUUAUUAAAGUAGACACACAGCUUACGUCGGCAUCUUUAGAAUAGUUGAAUAGACCAAUUGUAAUAUUUGUUCUUCGUGAGUAAACUGCUUGUUUGGAAAGGCUGCUGUGGAUUACCUUCUGCUGCACCUCCACAUCAUCACUUCCUCCACUGUAUGCAUUUUUUUCCCUUAGUUGCUGAGAUGACAUUUAACUUGUAAGGUGAGCAUUUUUUCAUGUCUACAGGGAGUGCAGAAUUAUUAGGCAAAUGAGUAUUUUGACCACAUCAUCCUCUUUAUGCAUGUUGUCUUACUCCAAGCUGUAUAGGCUCGAAAGCCUACUACCAAUUAAGCAUAUUAGGUGAUGUGCAUCUCUGUAAUGAGAAGGGGUGUGGUCUAAUGACAUCAACACCCUAUAUCAGGUGUGCAUAAUUAUUAGGCAACUUCCUUUCCUUUGGCAAAAUGGGUCAAAAGAAGGACUUGACAGGCUCAGAAAAGUCAAAAAUAGUGAGAUAUCUUGCAGAGGGAUGCAGCACUCUUAAAAUUGCAAAGCUUCUGAAGCGUGAUCAUCGAACAAUCAAGCGUUUCAUUCAAAAUAAUCAACAGGGUCGCAAGAAGCGUGUGGAAAAACCAAGGCGCAAAAUAACUGCCCAUGAACUGAGAAAAGUCAAGCGUGCAGCUGCCACGAUGCCACUUGCCACCAGUUUGGCCAUAUUUCAGAGCUGCAACAUCACUGGAGUGCCCAAAAGCACAAGGUGUGCAAUAUUCAGAGACAUGGCCAAGGUAAGAAUGGCUGAAAGACGACCACCACUGAACAAGACACACAAGCUGAAACGACAAGACUGGGCCAAGAAAUAUCUCAAGACUGAUUUUUCUAAGGUUUUAUGGACUGAUGAAAUGAGAGUGAGUCUUGAUGGGCCAGAUGGAUGGGCCCGUGGCUGGAUUGGUAAAGGGCAGAGAGCUCCAGUCCGACUCAGACGCCAGCAAGGUGGAGGUGGAGUACUGGUUUGGGCUGGUAUCAUCAAAGAUGAGCUUGUGGGGCCUUUUCGGGUUGAGGAUGGAGUCAAGCUCAACUCCCAGUCCUACUGCCAGUUCCUGGAAGACACCUUCUUCAAGCAGUGGUACAGGAAGAAGUCUGCAUCCUUCAAGAAAAACAUGAUUUUCAUGCAGGACAAUGCUCCAUCACACGCGUCCAAGUACUCCACAGCGUGGCUGGCAAGAAAGGGUAUAAAAGAAGAAAAUCUAAUGACAUGGCCUCCUUGUUCACCUGAUCUGAACCCCAUUGAGAACCUGUGGUCCAUCAUCAAAUGUGAGAUUUACAAGGAGGGAAAACAGUACACCUCUCUGAACAGUGUCUGGGAGGCUGUGGUUGCUGCUGCACGCAAUGUUGAUGGUGAACAGAUCAAAACACUGACAGAAUCCAUGGAUGGCAGGCUUUUGAGUGUCCUUGCAAAGAAAGGUGGCUAUAUUGGUCACUGAUUUGUUUUUGUUUUGUUUUUGAAUGUCAGAAAUGUAUAUUUGUGAAUGUUGAGAUGUUAUAUUGGUUUCACUGGUAAUAAUAAAUAAUUGAAAUGGGUAUAUAUUUGUUUUUUGUUAAGUUGCCUAAUAAUUAUGCACAGUAAUAGUCACCUGCACACACAGAUAUCCCCCUAACAUAGCUAAAACUAAAAACAAACUAAAAACUACUUCCAAAAAUAUUCAGCUUUGAUAUUAAUGAGUUUUUUGGGUUCAUUGAGAACAUGGUUGUUGUUCAAUAAUAAAAUUAAUCCUCAAAAAUACAACUUGCCUAAUAAUUCUGCACUCCCUGUAUAACCGGUGUAUGCAGCCUUUGGCACUCCAGAUGUUUUGGAUAUCUCCCUUGAUGGUUUGCCAGCAUUGUGGUUGUAAGUGCAUUAUGGGAGAUGUUGUCCAAAACAUCUGUAGUGCCAAAGGUUGCCUACACCUGGUCUGCAAGAUUGCAUUCAUAUUUGUUAAGAUUGUAAGCUUGUUUGGGCAGCGCCCUCUUCACUUACUGUUCCAGUAUGUCAUUCAUGUUUUGUUAGAAUUGUGUCUAUUUUGUUUAACUAUUGUACAGUGCUGUGGAAUGUGUUGGCAUUAUAUAAAUAAUUUGUCUUCUGUGUGUCUUUUUUUUUUUUAUCUGUUACACAUUAAAUUUGUCCAAUGCUAAGUAAAUGCCCACAUUGAAUAUCACUACCUUUUCCAGUCAAUGGAUAUCUUACUGUGUGAAAUGUAUAUGUUCUAAUGUAACAAAGGUGGUUAAGGACCAGUGCUCUAAAGCAGGGGUUUCCAGCCCAGUCUUCAAGUACCCUGUAGCACUAGUUGUUUGUGUGGGUUGUUGUGGGUUUUUCUUUUUUUUUUUUGCUCUUUCUAAAAAAACACAUUAGACACAACUGGGUAAUAACAAAAUAUAAAAGAGGGCUGUGCCACAAUAAAUAAAUAAUGUCCAGUUCCAAUAGUGGUAACAGAUAUUAAAAGAAAGAUCCAACCUAAAAGUCCUCUCUGUCGUCCUUGAAUACGGGAAUAGAGUCUUCAGGUAUAAUAUAGAAAAUAAAAAGAGAGAACAGCCGAUAGUGCAAUAUGUAUAGCUCAGAUGAAAUAAAAUUCAAGUAAUGGUAGAGAACUCAUUUGGAAGAGCUUCAGUCCAGCUCUAGGGUAAAGCGCACACAGCGGUAUAAUCCCCGCUUAUGGGAUAUAUGGUGAGUACCUCUUCGUCAGGGAUAUCCAAAACUCAAAAAGAACAGAAACAACCAAAUAGUGCGCUCUGUAUAACUUGCUUCAUAGGAAUUAAUUGAAAACGUACUUACAAAUACAGAGCAGACCAACUGCUCUUUGAUGCCAGCGCUGGUGGAAUAAUCACCACAUAGGAUUUCUUGGGCUGCUGGGAGCUUGCAGAAGUGGUGUUUAAAAUAAAGAUAAGAGAUAGAUAGAUAGAUAGAUAUAUAGAUAGAUAUUUUAAUAAAAAGCCAGGAUAAAUUAAAUAGGUGUAUAAAAAAAAAAAAAAUAAUUGGUUCUAGUAAAUGACCAAAAAUAACUUUAAUUUUUAAUACACAUUAGAUUUCCAUAACGCGUUUCGUCUACAGACUUUAUCAAAUGGAAUACAGUACAAUACCUGGCAGAUAGUGUUUAUAUAGACACAGUUAACUUAAAAAUUGGCGCCAAAAGAUUUCGGCCAAUCAGAAUGAAGUAAAAUUUCAUAUAUUAAAUUAGCAUUCCUAGCUGAUUUGAGGAUAAUAGAUGUUAUACUAAGGCAUAUCUAGUGAAUUUUAACUAAAAACGAGGGUGGGAAAGGUUGUAAAAACGGGGAGACAUUUGGUCACGUGAUCAGCUAGUAAUGCUAAUUUAAUAUAUGAAAUUUUACUUCAUUCUGAUUGGCCGAAAUUUUUUGGCGCCAAUUUUUAAAUUAACUGUGUCUAUAUAAACACUAUCUGCCAGGUAUUGUACUGUAUUCCAUUUGAUAAAGUCUGUAGACAAAACGCGUUAUGGAAAUCUAAUAUUGUGUAUUAAAAAUUAAAGUUAUUUUUGGUCAUUUACUAGUACCAAUUAUUUUUUUUUUUAUACACCUAUUUAAUUUAUCCUGGCUUUUUAUUUUGCUUUUUAUUACAUUUUAUAUAUAUAUCUUAUCUUGAUUUUAAACACCACUUCUGCAAGCUCCCAGUAGCCCAAGAAAUCCUAGGUGGGGAUUAUUCCACCAGCGCUGGCAUCAAAGAGCAGUUGGUCUGCUCUGUAUUUGUAAGUACGUUUUCAAUUAAUUCCUAUGAAGCAAGUUAUACAGAGCGCACUAUUUGGUUGUUUCUGUUCUUUUUGAGUUUUGGAUAUCCCUGACGAAGAGGUACUCACCAUAUAUCCCAUAAGCGGGGAUUAUACCGCUGUGUGCGCUUUACCCUAGAGCUGGACUGAAGCUCUUCCAAAUUGUGAGUUCUCUACCAUUACUUGAAUUUUAUUUCAUCUGAGCUAUACAUAUUGCACUAUCGGCUGUUCUCUCUUUUUAUUUUCUAUAUUAUACCUGAAGACUCUAUUCCUGUAUUCAAGGACGACAGAGAGGACUUUUAGGUUGGAUCUUUCUUUUAAUAUCUGUUACCACUAUUGGAACUGGACAUUAUUUAUUUUAUUUAUUUAUUUAUUGUGGCACAGCCCUCUUUUAUAUUGUGUUUAUCUUGCUCUAUAGGGUUUUGGGGGGGAUUCCCUUUUUUUUGGGGUUGCUGCCUACAGGUUGUUUGGUGCUGUCUCUUUUUCUUGUCUAUUGUACAACAGGGUAAUACCUAAACCCUGGACUGUUAGUGGGUGGGUUGGGAAGCACUGCUCUAAAGUGUUGCAUGCUCUCUCGCGUGCAAUCAAAACUGCUUCUGAGAGCAUACACAUUAAAGGACCACUCUAGGCACCCAGACCACUUCAGCUUAAUGAAGUGGUCUGGGUGCCAGGUCCAGCUAGGGUUAACCCAUUUUUUCAUAAACAUAGCAGUUUCAGAGAAACUGCUAUGUUUAUGAAUGGGUUAAGCCUUCCCCCUAUUCCCUCUAGUGGCUGUCUCAUUGACAGCCACUAGAGGCGCUUGCGUGCUCCUCACUGUGAUUUUCACAGUGAAAGCACGCAAGCGUCCAUAGGAAAGCAUUAUAAAUGCUUUCCUAUGCGACGGGCUGAAUGCGCGCGCAGCUCUUGCCGCGCGUGCGCAUUCAGUCCAGGAGGAGGAGAAGAGGAGGAGAGGAAGCAGAGAGCUCCCCGCCCAGUGCUGGAAAAAGGUAAGUUUUUAACCCUUUCCCCUUUCCAGAGCCGGGCGGGAGGGGGACCCUGAGGGUGGGGGCACCCUCAGGGCACUAUAGUGCCAGGAAAACGAAUAUGUUUUCCUGGCACUAUAGUGGAACUUUAAGAUCUUAAAUAUAUACAUCAUAUCACUGAAAGGCUUAGCAUACACAGUUCUUUCUCUAUUCGUGUAACAGGAAAGUAGACUCUUCUAUUUGGGAGGGGGUAACUCCAACAUUGGGAGUGGGAAAACUAGUCACACAUCUGCUGGCCUUGAAAUUUUUUUUUUCUUUUAAAUUUUUUUUUUUUUUUUUUACACAAAAUAAACUGCUAAAUAGGUGCUUUUCCUGAUUAACCAUUCAAUUACCAGAUAGCAAGCAUACCCAGUUAUAUCAGCUGGGCUAUACUGGUUUGUGUGUGUUUUUUGUCUUUUUUUUUUUUCUUCAUUAAAGGACCACUUCGGCUCAAUGAAGUGGUCUGGAUGUUAGGUCCCUCUAGCUUUAACCCUGCAGCUGAAAACAUAGCAGUUUCAGAGAGACUGCUGUGUUUACACUGCAGGCUUAAUCCAGCCACUAGAGGCCGCUUCCGCGAUUCUCAGUGAGAAGACGCUGACGUCCAUAGGAAACCAUUGAGUAAUGCUUUCCUAUGGGCGGCUUUUUAAUAAGCGCAGCUCUGGCCGCGCAUUCGGAUCCACUCUGGAGCCAACAUCAGAGGGGGAGGAGAGUUCCUUGGUGCUGGAGAAAGGUAAGUGGAUGAAGGGGUUUUAGUAUAAUUCAUAGUGUGUUGAGAGAGAGCUCCAUGACACCUGGUACCCCAAUAUUCUAUGGAAGGUUGCAGGUUUACAGCAUCUCAAUCAGUAGAUAGUAGUCCAUUGAAAAUAAAAUAUUUUACCAGGAAAGAUAGUGAGAUUUCUCUCUCGUUAUUCAGUGAAUGACCGUGUACAGUGCUGCACUCUGCACAAUAUUGUGGUAUACCAUUAUUAACUCUGUAUAACCACUCUUGAAAAUACAAACCUAAAAAUAUCAAGUGUUUUUUUUUUUUUUUUUGGUAAAUCUAGUUAAAUAGCUGACGUGUAAAACCUGAACUUGCGCAGGCUGGAGAUUUAAAAAAAAAGUCUACUAAGCUGCUGGGCUACAUUGACUACAAUUUUGAGAAUUUCCUGCUUUUGAGUUGUAAUCUGGUAUAAUCCAAAGAAGAUCCCUUUUGUGUGCGUGGUUUUUAUUUAAUUUUUGGUUUUCAGUCUUAAACAGGAUUUAUGUCUGCAAAACUAUGGUUUUGUACUGGAUUUGACAAGUUACCCUAAAUUAAAUUUUUAUUUCAGAUCUAGGAAAAUAACAUAUUUAUUAAAACAAAAAUGAGUAAAACUCCAUAAAGCUACAAACAAGAGAUGCACUGGACAGAAAAACAAAACAAGGGCAUAAAAUACGUACUGUCCCCUUUUGCCUCUCCGCAACAUGUACAGCUAUUCACAUAAGCUUUGCAUUACAAAGCCGUGCAAAAUGAAAUUUAACCCUUUAAGCCUACCUUGCCUUCAUGUUUAGUCAUUAAAAUCUUGACUAUAUACAUAUCAGUGAAAGAAUAAAAGGAAAAAACAGACUAAUUUCAUCUUGCCAUGCUGGGCAUACACCGUUCUAAAUCUAUUCGCCUAACAUGAAAGACUCUUCUAGUCGUUACACGCCAUAACACUUUCUCUACUAGGCCCUGUAUUUCUGUAGAGGGAGUGCAAGUGGUAGCCCAUUCCCUUCUCCUACACUCUAAAGUAACUUUUUGUAGGUCAGAAUUUUAUUUAUGUAUUUUUUUUUUUAACCAUUUUUGCAAUGCAUACUUAUAGACCAGAUGUCCUAUGUGCGCCAUAGAACUGUGGGGGAAAAUGAUACUACCAAGAUGUCCUGUUCUUAAAGGGUUACAUACCUAUGGCUCUUGUAUGUUGUGUUUGAAGUAAUUAUUUGUUUUUGGUCUUUCAGUUCUCAUGCAUUGGUAUGAGAAAUUUAUAUUUUAGCAGUGAGACUGUAGGACGUGGCACUGUGUAAAAGUGUAGUAUUCUAGGUCUGGAAUGUUCCUUUAAUGUAACAUUUAUUUAUUUUUUUGCUUUGUCUUUCUGAGAUCUAUAGCAUUUACUUCAUAUUUCCUUUUGUACUCAGAAAAUGAAACCACACUUUUCUAAUACAGGAAGUGCUAUUUCAGACUAAUAUCACAGAAUUUCACAAUGCCUGUUGCACUUAAGGUGACCACACAAGUGACACAAUGGGUGAAUUAGACUUUUUUUUUUUUGUCUUUGCACAGCUAUAAAACAUUAUUAAUGCAAACUCAUUGUUCACUACCACAUAUUGGUUUAUUAUUAAUAAUAAUAAUAAUAAUAUUAUUUAUAUAUAUAUAUAUAAUUUUUUUUUUUUUUUUUUUUUAAAGACCCAUUAAAGUUAUUUUAGUUUGUAUGACACGCAGGGAGAGUUGUGGCAGAGGGUUAACCCUUUUGUAAUGAUCUCCCCUCUCCCCCUUGCAGUGUUGCUAGCACUGUUUAAUCCAUAUUCCCAUCAUCCAUUGCCAGAAAUGUCUGAGGUGUAAUGUCAAUGUCAGGCAAAAGUUGUUAAACUCCCAUGCAUUUGCUGUAUUUUGCCUAAAUGUCUCAUGCAUAUGAAAAAAGUAGUCAUAUUUUUGUAUUAUAACCUCUCUGGAUUGCAUUUUAGUGACAUUUCAACUUAAUUUAUACGCUUGUAGUUUUUCAUAAAAAGACUGUUUACGAAAAACUAAAGUUACAAACCUUUUCACAAAAAAGCAUUGUUUGGAUAUGGAAAGUACAUUUAAAUGUACAACAGAUACUCUUUAACUUCCACCUCACUGGACUAUAAAUGACUCACAGUAUACAUGUAUUUUGAGGGACACCACAGACCCCUAAAGCACUUUAAGUAAAAUGCUUAUGUAUCAAUGUUUUUAUUUUUAUUUUUUAUUUUUUUCCCCUCCAUUUUACAAAAAAGCGCAGAGGUCAAUAGAAAUUGGCACUUUUCUAAAUUUAACAUUGUUGCAAGCCUGUAGCUUUCAGUCGGUCAACUGCUUAUGCUCCUUGUAAUUUAGCGGAGUGGAGCUAAACUCAAGAAUCAGGUAAUUUCCAAAAACUCCUAUGUGCAACUAUUGCUCAUUAAAAUGACACUCCAGAUCCCUAAAGAACUUUAGCUUGCUAAGUCACCCCCCUCCCCAAAACAAUUAAUCCCUACCUACCCCCCUCACCCCAAAAAUAUUGAGAGGGAACCAUUUAAUGAAGUACCUGUAAAAAAAAAAAAAAAAAAUUACAAUAAAACUUUUUGUUUUCUUUCUUCUUAAAUCUUAUUUUUUCAGCCCCAAAAAAGGCCAAAUAAAAAGCCAUAAUAACAGACGCACUUUAAAAAAAAAAAAAACAAAAAAAAUCCAUCUUCACCCAUGAAGGGCUCUGCAGGGUGGGGGAAGGCUUAUAAAGAGCACUCUGAUUGGUGGGUUUAAGCCAUCCGAUCAGAGUGCUCUGACAGGUAAAUGAAGAGACUGACAGGUAAGUCUCUACAUUUACCGGUCACAGCACUCUGGUUACUUAAACCCUUAAUGACACAACUUCUGGAAUAAAAGGGAAUCAUGACGGAAUAUUUACGUCACGUGUCCUUAAGGGGUUAAUCCACCAAUCAGAGUUAUGAGUCAAAUUACACAGCGUGGGAAAAUUCCAAAGAACUUCCCCACACCCUGUAAAAUGACAGCAGUUCCCCGUCCCCCUUAUUCUAAUUUAGGGCCCCCACCCUCUGCUCGGGAGGGGGGGGGGGGACUUUUUUUGCUGCUCAAGGUUUACUAGACAUGCGGUAUAACGAGUAGGGGCAUAAUUUACUAAUACUAAGUAAUCUUUACUUGGUAUUAGUAAAUUUGUCUGAAAGACCAGUUUAGGUCUCUUCAGCCUUUUGGUAGAUAACUCCCUAAUACCGUGGGAAUUAGGGAGUUAUCUACCAAGCGGCUGCAAGAGAAGUUGCCGAAGUUACCAAUCCCCAAAUGUUUUCACAUGCCUAGUAAGAAUAUUUCCUAACCUGUUUUUCUCAAAAAAAGUAAAGGGCAACUACUAACUUUUUUUUGCAAAGUUCAAUACCCAAACCUGGAUAGAACUGAUGCUGUCUCAUACAAAACAAAUAGAGCGGGUAAGAUAUAUAUUAACUGGGAAGUGGUCUUAUAACUCUAGUGAAUUAUUGCAUUAAUACAUCUUAUUUUGUGCAAGGGUGGUGUGACCUAGUCAGCCUGAAACUUUGUUCUGGGUUGACUGAUGUAAAUUAUGUUUGCUGGCAAUAGAUGUGAGUUGAUUUUUCACUUCCAGUCAGCAUUGUGUGCAUGCCUGCAAGAAGAAGCCCAACUUCCCUCUAGCUAGCCAGCCCCUUGGCCACUACCCUAUUACAGCCCUCCCUUUUGGCUGUGUGAAGCUGGUCCCCCUACAAUCGGCUCACAUAAAAAAAUCCAACGUGUUUCAUUAGUGCUAGGUUUGUGCAGGUUUUGUGCUUUAAAAAUUAGUUUGUGCUGCUUUAAGAGUUAUUAUUAUUAUUCACCCAGCCCCCCUACCAGUGAUAACCAGGCCCGUCAUUCCAGGGUGCCCAGUCAUGUUUUGCGGCCCGGCCCAUGUGGCAAAUUGCUGGGGCCGCUGUUCAAGGGGCCCAUCGGGUGGGGAAAGUCACCCUCCUGCACCUAAAAGGUAGGAAACAGGAGGCUGACCUAAACAUUGUGUAUGUAUGUGUGAUUGUCUAUGUGUCGGGGGGGGGGGAGAAUGGAUCCCAUUCACCCCAGGGUCCUAUGGAUUCUGUGUACGCCACUGCCCCCUACAACAGUAAAGCAACAUGAAACCAGGCUGGUUAGUUAAUGCCGCGUUUUGUGCAGUUAAAAUCCUAUCUAAUUUUUCACUCCUCAGCAGUUGGAGAGGAGGGUGGGUUUUGUUUGGCGAUGAGCUAUCACUCAGCUCAUCUCGCUGCUUGUGAACAGGAACACUGUACGCACGUGUUGAGAGGCCCAACAAUGGUGUUUUUUGUUUUUCCUGUUUUCUUCUAUCCCCCCUCUCUGGGAACUUUGUUCUUGACUUGAACAUGUAGUUGAAAUAUAUUAUGAUUGUUAAAUAUUGGCUAAUGCAGUGCUAUUGCCUAAGCUGGUGUCUGUUCCUCAUUGCAAACCACCCACAUUUGUUUUAUCUUAUUUGGUACUUCCUUGGGACUCUAAUUAUCAAACUCUCAAACAGUGUGGAAUGAAACUAUUUAUAUGGGACACUACCUUAUUGUUAAUAAAAACAUUUGGUCACUAAAACCUUAUUUGUAUUCUCUCUCUCAUACCAUUUGUAAUAGCAUUACAAAAUCUAUGUGGAAACCACUUCCAGCACAAGGAUACUGUUUUACUCUGGAGACUUUGCAAAAAUAUUAGUGUUUCAAAACCAUAAAACCUAUCCGAUAUUGUCAAUGAAAGUGAUGGUUUUUGCAUUUUUAACACACUGCACUUUCACUGAUAUCAUUGUGAUCUGUUUUAAAACCCUAAUAUUUGUAUUCAGCGAAGUUUCCUGAGUAAAACAGGAACCCCCAUACCCCUAUGUGUACAGGUUUUAUAGUGUUUUUGAAAGUUCGUUAAAUAUAAGGCUUGAUUUUUUUUUCAAUUCUCACAUUAAAAUUUGCCAGAUUGGUUAUGAUGCCUUUGAGAGCGCAUGGUAGCCUAGGAUUGAGAAUUUCCCCCAAGAUGGCAUACUAUUUGCAAAAGGCAAUGUUCAGUUUGAAAUUUUUAUUUUUAUUUUUUUUUAGUAGCCACUUAGUCACAAACACCAAGGUAAGCAUUUAUUUUGUUUGGGUGUGAAAAAAUGCAGAAAACAAUUAUGAAUGCUAACUUUGGCCAGUGUUUAUGACUAAGUGGCUACUAAAAAAGACUGAAAAUGCUCAAUUUUUGAAUUCCCUGGGUUGUCCAAAUUUAAAAAAAAAUAAAAAAAAUACACGUGAGACGAUUCAGAGAUUUAUGACGGAUAGACGAUUCAGAGAUUUAUGACGGAUAAGUGUUACAAUGUCACUAUUGAUACAUUUUAAAAAUAUAGUGCGAAAAGAGGAAGCUAAAAGGGAACUCUUUAAGGGGUUAACCCUUCAAACUAAAGACUUGGUGGAGAACUAGAAAAAGUGAGUGCCCUUAAAAUAUAACUUUUAAUAAAUAGUAAGAUAAAUGGUGGUUCUCUAAUAAUAGAGAACCACGACUCAUCUGAUGACAUGGGAGAAACGCGCGCGUCAGGGGAGCUCAGCGUUCCCAAACUGUUGGUUGAAGAUCAGAUUACACCACAGUUUUAGGGACGCCAAUUUAACUCUACCACUUCAGUCUUUUGACAACAUUAGUAAUUUUUACUGUUGGAGAAUGAUAUGCUAUGCUCCUAGUUUUUGAUCUUCUAGGACAUCGCAGGUUAUACUGUCUCCAGCUGACGUGGCUAGAUGAAUUCUCACUGUUGCUGAUCGAUGCAGCUAUUUAGCUACUAUAGUCGACAUUUGGAACUAAAUAUCUAUUUCUCACUGUGGCAGAUCGGGGCUUGAUACUUUGUAUAUAAACGUUCCAGUAGUUUAACUAUCGUACGGCUUAGAGUAUAGCACAUGUGAACUGCAAAACAUCGUUUUGCAAAUACCACUGGAUGAAGGUUUCUGAAAUCUUUAGAACAGAACCUCAUCAUUGUUAUCAUUUUGUUUAGUUUUUUAUUAUGUUUUCUGUACUUUAUCUUUUUUUUCCGACUGGAACUCUAGUUAGCUCCAGGUCUGUUUGGAAAUUGAACAGUUGCUAUAUAUUUUUUGUAGUGGGCAAUAUACAUCUGAAUAUAUAUGUAUUUGUAUUGCCUUAGAUAACUCAAUAUUUGGGGAAUACGGACCCAGUAGCAUUAUUAUCUCUUUACUGUUUUUCUUGUCCACUCGAAAAUAAAUCUAUUAUUAGAGAACCACCAUUUAUCUUACUAUUUAUUAAUAAAAAUAUAUAUAUUUUGAAACCGCAACGUCCUACUUGUACUUACAGCCCUAUAACUUGCAAAACAAAGCUAAGAACAUGUUAACAUUUGGUAUUUCUAAACUCAGGACAAAAUUCUAAAACUAUUUAGAGUGGGUGUUUUUUGGCGGUUGUAGAUGUGUAACAGAUUUUGGGGGUCAAAGUUAGAAAAAGAAAAUCUUUAUAAAAACCAUUUAAUGUCGAGAAAAAUGGUAUAUGUUGGUACAGUAAAUGAGUAAGAGAAAUUACAGCUAAACACAAACACCACAGAAAUGUAAAAACAGCCCUGGUCCUUAACGGUAAGAAAAUUGAAAAACUGGUCACUAAGGGGUUAAAGUAAGUCACCAGCAACCUGUAUAGUCUAUAUUUAAUGUAAUUAGUCACCAACGGAUAGUGAUAUGACUAUCAAAAAUAAUUACAUACCUCCCAACUUUGGAAUCUUGUGACUAGGGACACCAGCAUGAGGGGAGGGCUGUGCCAAUGCUGCAAUCACGCCAGUCCAAUGUCCGGAAAGGCCUGUCAGUCAUUCAAGCUGGCUUGCUUAUGGCAGACCUGCCAGAUUAACAACUCUUUUAACAUGCUCUUGCUUAAGUAUGGAAUCUUAUGAGGGAUGUAGGGGGGUGGGGAAAUCUUUUAUGUUGACUAGCUGACAAAUUAAUUAAAGUAAAGCUGACUUUGAAGCAGCAAGAGCAUUUGCAUAGUGCACAGUCUCUCAAACACUAUAUCAUGUUUCCUUUCUUCUACAUACACCCCUUUUCUCUGUCCCAGGUGCAUCUGCCUGCUAGUAAGUAGGUAAGGAGAGGAGUGGACAAGUCAGUGCUAGGGGACAGUCCUUGGAAAGUGUGGAGCGAGCACAUCAUUAGACAAACUUAUGUCAAGUUCAGGGUGUUGGCCGUUAUUUUACCAGCACAGACAGGUAUUUGAGGCCGCCUUGGGGGUGCCAGUAUUGCAGGAAUACUGGCAAUACAUUUUAUAUAAACUGAGAUUAGAUACCAAUAUCAGCAUAUGUGGGGAGAGGCAGGGAUAAGAAUUUAGAGCAUAUCAGUGCCUCUCUCCUUACUGAUCCUCGAGGAAGGAGCUACACCACACAUUCUAGCCAGCAGCUUCCAGCCUGCAGAGACAGCCUACAGAUCAGGUAAGAGAGCUAUGGGGUAGGUAAAAUAAGUGGUAGGACAGGCUCCAGGCAGACAUGGGGACACAAAGACUUGGAGACGCUGCGAGACAGUGGGAGCAAGGGGUCUAUACAGCUGAAUCGACAAAGUAGUUUUUUGGUUGAUUUUACAGAAUUUUCUCUUGUCACUCCUUGUGAUUUACAUACUGUGAUGUCAUGAAUACAUAAAUUAUGCAAAUUUGCAUGGCUGUGUUUUUUUUUGUUUUUUUUCUAGAAAGGUGGCAACCCUAGUGCUGUUUGCAUAGUAUGCCCAUUUCUUGCGUUCACACCAGGCUGACCCUCACAUUUUUGGGGGCAUAUUGGCCCCUUUUGGAGGUUCUAGUUACGUGAUUUGUGUCAGUGGCCCACCCUUUUACCCCGCCCAGUGACAUCCUGCUUCACCUGACACUGCUGUUAGGGGGUAGGGAUUUAAUUGAAAAAAUGUGAGCGAGAGUAGCAUAGGGUAUGUGUUUUUUCUUAUAGCUGCAUCUUGUAAGUUUCCCUCCCUCACCACCUCCAUCUCCACUAGAUACAUGACUCUUGGGAGGUAUGACUGUUUGUGUUUUCUCUCGAUAAGAUUCUGUAAUUCGCCCAUCGUAAUUGUCAGCCCCAGGUCCAAUGGACUCUUAAUCUGGCCCGGCUGCAAGGAGAGCACUAUUUUAGUUUUCUGCAGGGUCCUAAUGCCUUGAGUAUAUGGUGAGCAUGUCUAUUGAUGUUUGCACUAUGGUUGUUGGGAACAGUUGUGCCUAGUGUCACCAAAAGUGGUGCACCAGGGAACAAUGUCUGAAGGACAGGCAACAACCAGAAAAUCGGGACUGUCCCUCUGAAAUCUGAUGGUUGGGAAGCUUAAUAAUAUGCAGUGUGUUUAUGUAGAUUGGCUCUACUGCUGGAGCAUGCAGACAACCUGUUCCUUGAGACAAUAUUUGGGAAUCCUCAAACAGCAGAAAUAAAAGUCCAAUUUCUAUAAAUAUUAACUGAAAGGGGACUGGAAGACCAAUUGAAAAGCAAGGAGGGAGAGCGAAAUAAUGCAUUUUAGCAGUUGAAUUAAAUAUUAGGAAUAACCCAGUGUUAUUAAGUGUAUGUAGUGGGAUUUUUGUUCUGCUUAUUGAAACUUUCCCAUUUCACUCUCCUAUGGGAUUGCACAAAGACCUUGUGCUCUAGGCCAUAUCCUCUGGAUUGUCUGACUGAUGAAACUGAUCGUGUCUAAUGUAUACUUUGACGUAUGGGGAUUCCUUCAUAAUGCAUAAUUAAUUUUAGGACACCAGGAGCAAUGGCUGAGUCAGCAUGGUAUGCUUGAUAUGUAGACGUUGUCAGAAAAGCAAAAUGAGGACUAGAUAAUAACAUACAAAUAUUUUUAUUGCAAAACAAGGAAGCUCUCCUGACACAGGUAUGCCAUGUGCUUGUACUCUACUGUAUGCUCACGCAGAACAAAUCCGCCUCUAUAUGAGCUGUCCUGAACGUGAGCAAGGACAUGCAAUUCCCAACACCGUGACCUGUUUACACAUGCUGUCUGGCCAACAAACUGGGCAACUGAUUUUAGAAAGUAAAACAAAAAAGUGAAUGAUUAAUAGACUUGAUAAUAUGUGUGUGUGACAACAAAGCCUGUCUGUCACUCACCAGAUGUGUUUUGUGGUUUGCUUGUUUGUUUUUGACAUUGAAUUUUUAUUGACUUUCACUUUAAAAAAGACAUAUAAACACCUUAUUUUACAAUAAAUAACAUCGUUCUAGGAUAAUAUAAAUACUAUACAUAGAAACAUCACGUAACAAAUAUCCUUGAAUAGUGAUGUCCCGAACGGUUUGCCGCGGACUCAUCAUUGAGUAAACUUUGACCCUGUACCUCACAGUCAGCAGACACAUUCCAGCCAAUCAACAGCAGACCCUCCCACCUCCUGGACAGCAUCCAUUUUACGUACAUUGUGAAGCUGCAUUCUUAGUGAGCUGCUCAGGAGGUGGGAAGGUCUGGGAGGGAGGGUCUGCUGCUGAGUGGCUGGAACGUGUCUGCUGACCGUGAGGCACAGGGUCAAAGUUUACUCAAUGAUGAGUCCACAGCGAACCGUUCGCGAACCGUUCGGGACAUCACUAUCUUUGAACCUUCUCUCCAAUAAACCAAUUAUAUUCUGUAUUUGAUGUAUAACUUUAGUUUCUAUAGUAUUAAGAUAGUGAGAAGGAUAUUAUACUGAUAUAGUAGAUCCUAAAAACUUUGUUUUUAUAAGUAAAUUGCUUUAAUUGUACUCGUAACUAUCUGUUAUUAAUUGUAUAACGACUGUUAAUUACCCAGUUUGUUUAUUAUGAACACUACUGGAAAUAAGAUACAUACAAGAAAAAGUAUAAUAAGAAGGGUAUCUUGUGUGCUGGGGUUUUAUGAUUGAAAGAUGGAAUCCCUAAGACACUGUUUUUGGUAUUGUUGUUAAUGUUUGAUUAGAGACAAUAUUUCUAAUUCUAAAUUAAAUAUCUAAUUACACAGUUUUCAUAUGUGAGUUUAAAGGGACUCUCCAGUGGCAGGACAAAAAACUUUUUUCCUGGGGAUAAAACCCCUCCAGCUACUUACCUGAAUCCAGCGCCGAUGUGCCCCAGUGCUGGGUCAGGCACUGCCCUUGCUCCACCUCCCCCACCCCCCUGCUGAUGUCAGCCGGCAGGGGAGACCUAAUGUGACAUAAUAUUCAAUGCUUUCUAUGGGAAAAAUCUGACGCUGUUUGGAUUCCGGGAGCAGACUUACUGCUGCAAUAUAAACAUUCCAGUUUUCUGUGACUGCAAUGUUUUACAUUGAAGCACUAAGUGCAAAAGGGUCUCAGCACCCAGACAACUUCAAUUAGCUGAAGUGGUCUGGGUGCCUGGAGUGUCCCUUUAAGGAUGAUGGGCUCCUCAGGGCAUUUAAAUGUCUUGGAAAUAUUUCUUAGAUUUUUUUUUUUUGUGUGUAAUCCAGCUUCUGUGUUAAAGUUGCGCUUGUAGGUAAUUUAAGUUUUCUCCAUCCGAUGCAUUGGACUAACACUUUUUUUUUUUUUUUAAAGUUAUGGCCCAAAAGAUUGACUGAAAUAGAAAUAUAUAACAAAUCAUAGUUUGUAUAAUUUGGCCUUUACAUGCUUCUUCGUUGUUCACUAGUCGUUCUUGUGAGCACCAGGCUUUGGAGCCUACAUAGAAUGUGACUUCAGAUAAGAACCAUUAGUCCCUGGCCUUAUCUUAGGUCUAUGAUAACCUUCUAAAGUAAGGAUAGAACGGCACUACACAACUGAUCACGAGUAUAGGGGGCAGCACUCCUGAAGGUGAGGGUAACCCUCAAACCCUCCUAAAAACUGAGGAGACCGAAUAAAAAAACAGGGUGCAUCAGAAAGACCAAACGGACUACAAAAAGCUAGCUGUACAAUAAAAAAAAAAAUCCAAUAAAGGGAGUGCUAAAUGGAGAGCACUAUUGACUUUCUCUCCUCUUAUUGCAUAUGAUAUACACUGCAACCACCAUCAGAGGGAUACACUGCAAGUGGGAGUUUUAUACGACUACAUGCUGUUUUACCUAGAGAUGGAUAUAGCUCUCUGAUAUGCGAGUUGGCAUUUCUAUAACUCUGUGUUGUCUGUAGCUCACUUGACCUGCCAUAGUGCACCAUUGGUCCCUUCUGUCUUUUGCUUUCUUUCAUAUGCUGUUGCUGAUUUGAGCUGUAUCAAAGACUUUACAUGAACAUUUGAAGACCUAUUGUGACUUUAGGACGUCUUUUACUUUGGGGUUUUUAUUUUUUGCAUUUUUGUUCUGUACUUUUUUUUUUUUUGCUAGCUUUUUGUGGUGUAUUUAGGAUAGCUUUAUGCCGAUCUCAUGCAUGCUUAAACUCCCUCACUGUGUUAACCUCUACCACUUCAGGUGGAAGGCUAUUCCAUGCAUCCAUUACCCUCCCUGUAAAGUAACAAAUGGUACAAAAGACCAUCUGAAAUACUUUAGUGUUAUUUAGGGAUCAGUUUAGGAUCAUGUGGGUUUUUUUUUUUUUUGAGAGCAAUUAUUCUUGCUUAGAGAUGAAAGGCUGUCCAGCUAAUCAACAUAUAGAUUACUAGUUAGUAGUAAUCUCCAGGAUAUGGGAAGUGUACUAGUUUAUUGGAUUAUGUUUAUUUAUAUAUUUAUUUUUUUUCCAUGACUCUUGACUCAAGCUUGAUGAUUAUUCAUGUAUAUGUAAUAUUUAUAACUGUACAAAUUCUCCAAAGUGUAAGUACAGGUUGCCUCUGUAUAACUGAAUUCUCUAUUCUAUUUGCGUAUCACAGUCUAACUUCUUUGUUACAAAGCCUGUUGAGAUAGAUUCUAUUGUACCUUAUUGAGUGCGUUAUAGAAGACUAUCAGAACACUAUCACAGGCUCUUUGUAUUAUCUUUUGAAUAGGAGUGGAUCAAUGCUAUCAAUGUAUCUGGUUUAUGUGGCUAUUUGGAUCUGUUUGCACACCACAAAAACUGUUAUAUAUAUAUAUAUAUAUACACACACACACACUCUGUCCUGUUUCCAGCAAAGCGUGGUAUGGAGAAUAUGUAAAGUAAAUACACUUUUUUUUUUUUUUUUUUCUUCUUCUAAUUCUACCAAAGAGAUGAUUACUGGGGAUUACUGGGGAACUUUGCUCAAACCCCGGUCCACCCUCCUUUGUGAUUUAAAUCAAGCCAAGUUAUAUGCCAGGAAUCACUGUUAUGCUUGUUUCAAAAUUUGUACUUGCACUUCUUCCAAAUACGUGCUCCCUCUCCUGAGGCACGGUGACGGCAAGGCUGAAUUAUUUACAUUGCAUUUCCUGUUGAACCUGGUGAAAAGGAAAUUGGUCUCUUUUUUUUUUUUUCUGUAUUUUCAAACGAGGUGGUUAAAAUCUGAAGAAGAUGAAAAAAUAAAGAAUUGAGGCCAGCCUUUUUUUUUUUUUUUUCUCACCUUUUCAUCAAAACCUUGCUCAAUAGUUGACUUUACUUUUAACUUUUACCCUCAAUAUGUCACACAACUUGAUAAGUAACAUUUUAUUUUUGUUUCUGUGAGAAUGUUGAUUGAUCUCCAUUGUAUCUACGUGUAAUAGAAUUAUGAGAGCAAAAAACCAAGUAGCAAGAGAGUGCUGAGGACCGACAACAGCUCAAUUAGCCUGCCCUUCGGUGGGUCCCUGCUCAGUUCUUGGUUUUAGCUCAUCUUGUGCCAUUACAGAGAGAACCAGACCAUGCAUGUCAGAUUGAUUCCACCCAAAAGUCCGUCCUCCGCAUUCUCUUGUGACUUGUUUUCUUGCUCUCUUUAAGCUUAAAGGGUAAUCCAGACGUGGACCCUUUGCUCACGAUGCCUAAAGAGAUAUCCGCUAUUCCUCACUGAUGCCGAACAAGGCUGAAAUGGUCGUCUGGGGUUGCUGGAUCUCUCGUGCAGAGCGAGCCGGCCUGUAUUUUGUAUCUGUUCUGCCCUUUUGGGUGGGAUCAGUCUGAUAUGCAAAUGGUCUGGUUCGCUCUGUAAUGGCACAUGAUGAGCUAAAACCAGCUUGGGAUCUGAGCGGGGAUCCACCGAAGGGCAGGCUAAUUGAGCUGCUGUCCGUCCUCCGCACACUCUUGCGACUUAUUUGCUCUCCUAAUAGAAUUAGGAGACUAAUUGGCUAAACCGGUAUGCUUGGAAUAAUUUACACUUACACUAAUAUACACUUUUUUUUUUUCUUCUUUCUUGUCCUUCAUUAAAGGAACACUCAAACUACCAUAACUUCUGCUAACUGCAUAAGUUUUGAUAGUAGCUGUAUUCUUGCACUUUUUUUUUUAUUUUAUUUUUUUUAUGUGAUUUGUAAAAAUGGGCAAGUUGUUCCCCAGAUGUCAGUGGAAUUUUUUUUUUUUUUUUGGUUUUCAUCUGCCUGUAAAUUAAUAAUUGUACUGUUUGCCCAUGGUUUCCAAGUCCCUCUUUCCCCUCACUGGCCCUAAGUCAAGAAACUAACACCACUGUCAAACUUGGUGCAUCAGCGUAUGACCAAUAGAUCUUCUGGAUGUGACUUGCCCCCAAGGGUUUAUGGGACAUUCUCAGCCAGGCCCAUUGUUCCUGAUUAAAGCUUCUCUCUAGUGUUUGAAGAGUCUGCUGCUGUUUUACUCCGCAAGUGCAGCAAACUCUGCCACUUAAACAAAUUAAUAAAUAAAAAAAAGCAUGCCUUUAACUAUUUAUCUACACAAUACAUUAACAAAUAUCCUGCGUUUAAUCUUUACCAGUAACACUUUAAUUAUACCACACCCUUAUUCUGUGGAAACCUGGUUUCUCAAAAUUGCUUUGCUUAAGGUGGACUUUUCCCAAUAGAUGUUGCACAACAGUAAACAAUGGAUUUGUGUAACUGUGUAUAUGCUGAAUAUCAGCAGUGUUAACUUUUAGUUCCUUUAGGAAAUUCCAAAUGUUUUGUUUCCAAUGUACUAAGCCAGAUCAGGGUGGGUUAAAGGUAGUGUUGGGUGUAGGAUGAAGGUAAUUAUCAUCUUAUCUUGUCAAAUUUAAAUAAAAUCUUUCAAAUUGAUAUCCAUAAAAGUAAUGUACUCCUCUGCAAAUAGUGUUUUGUCUUGCUGCUGAAUAAACUAACUAGAGCUGACACUCACACUUUACAAACCAUGUUUAAUCCUUUCAUUGUUGGCAAUGGAUUCUGAUGCUUACGGAUCAUGAUUGCUUGUGCUACUUUUACAUUUAUGACAAAUGUAUCUUAUUUAUUCUAGGGAACUGGGAAUUGUUUCAAGUUGUAUUGCUGACCAUUAUAGUGUCCCUUUUGGUUCUGUGGCCCAUCACCAGUCCCCACGGCUACUAAAGGGUUAAAUAACCCUUUAAACUCUUACCUGAUUCAAGCGCCAUGGUAGCUCGAUGCUGCGUCAGGCUUAUAAUCUGUCAACUGAUGCUGGGAACCUAAUGCACAUGCAGCAUGCAAUAGGCUUUCCCCAUAGAAUGCAUAGCUUUCCUAUGAGGAUUUCGAAGACACUGUAUAUCUUCACUGUGUGAGGACGUCCAGCGUUGUUUUACAGUUAAACACUGUGAAACAGCAGAAAGCACCUCUAGUGACGGUCUGGUAGACCAUCACUAGAGGCAGUCUUAAAGGACCACUCUAGGCACCCAGACCACUUCAGCUUAAUGAAGUGGUCUGGGUGCCAGGUCCAGCUAGGAUUAACCCAUUUUUUCAUAAACAUAGCAGUUUCAGAGAAACUGCUAUGUUUAUGAAUGGGUUAAGUUUCCUCUCUGUCUUCAGUGGCCAAGCCCCAUUGACAGUUAUUGAGCGCUAUGCGUUUCCUCACCGUGAUUUUCAUAUGAGCGACGCAAAGUUGCCCAAGGUGGCUUACUACAAUGCUUCUAUGUGACCGGGCUGAAUGGAACGCGCCACAAGUAGCCUUGCCGCUGCCAUUGUGCUUAUUCAGCCCAGGAGGAGGAACGGAGGAGGAUCGGAGGAGGAGAGCUCCCCGCCCAGCGCUGGAAAAAGGUAAGUUUAACCCCUUUCCCCCUUUCCAGAGCUGGGCAGGAGGGGGUCCCUGAGGGUGGGGGCACCCUCAGGGCACUAUAGUGCCAGGAAAACGAGUAUGUUUUCCUGGCACUAUAGUGGUCCUUUAAAACUGCAAUAUAAACCUUGCAAUUUCUCUGAAACUCCAAUGUUUGCCAUUGCAGGACUAAGGGGACAGGGAUACUGCAGCCAGUCUACUUCAAUUAGAUGAAGUGGUCUGGGUGCCUAUAGUGUUGCUUUUAAGACAAUCGUUAUGGAUAGAGAUAAAGCUUGCAGAUCAGGAUUUAGAAUGUGAGCCACUGUUCUUCUCAGAGAUUUGUUGAUUUUAAUCUACUUCCUAUUUCUCAGACUCGGGUAGUGACGAAUCGUAAAAUUACAAAAAUGUAGCACAUUGUAUGCCCGAUGUGCUCUUAAAACACAAACUUUUCAUUGAUUGUGUACAGAGAGUAGGUUUUCAUUUGCUCAAGCUUUAUUAAAAAAAAAUUGAAUUCUGAGUGACAAAUAUCAUAGGCUGGUGUUGCAUAAAGGGAAGAAUUAAAAAAUUGUCUCUAUUUUGAGUCCAAAUCACUUUGUCUCUUUUCUAUUGUAAUGACAAAAAAAUUCAUCGUGUUGGAGUUGUGUGAGUUUAGAACAGAGCCUAGUAAUGUGUCUUUAAACUAAUUGUUUUUAGAUCUGAUCCUGUGCAAAUAAAUGCAUUCUUGUUCUAAAUUACAUUUAGUUGCAGGAAUUGUUACUGGUAAGUCAGAAAACUUCUCAGAACAGCCCCACCUCUAGAGUGUGUGUGUGUGUGUCUCUCUCUCACACACACACACACACUUGGUAGUUUUUUUAUUUUUUUUAUUUUAAGAUGAUACACUUGAAAUGUGCACAAAUAUUAAACACAGGCUAAAUAACCUGUUUUACUAGAGUGAUUGAAAAAAAGAGUCCACGGUGUCGUGUGUUUUUAUUUAUUUUUUUACACGUGUGAAUGGGGAAGCUUGAUUAUGUGUAUUGCCUGUAAAUAUUUUGUUUGGUGCACACCAAUUUUAAGCCAAUCUAGAGGAGUCCUCCGAAACAGGUUUAUGAACCAACAAUGCAAAAUCUGUAUCUCUGUAAUAAUUAUAAAUGCACACGACAUGCCGCAGCAAUUUAAAGGGACACUAUUGUGACAAGACCUGCUACAGACUAAUGUAGUGGUUCUGGUGUCUAUAGCCUGUCCCUGCAGGCUUUUUAAACAGUCUUUUUAUGCAUAAUUGCCUCUGUUAUUUAAGGGAAUUAUUUUUUUUUUUUUCUUUCUUUCUUUUUUUACACACCACAUGAAGUUACAGAUAAGAAAAGUAAAUACUUUGUUUGGAGAGUUUCCAUUUUGGCUACUUUGAUCUUAAAGUGGCUGUUCACUCUAAAGGAAUACUAUAGUGACAGGAAUACAAAUGGGAAUUCCUGUCACUAUAGCUAUGAAAACAAAGUUUAGGUUCUUGUGCCUCCCUCUCAGGAAAGUGAAAUGUGUCUUGUGUGUGGGUUUUUAAAUUUUUAUUUUGUAUUUUUUAAUUUUUUUUAAUUUAUUUUUUUAUAACUUUUCUCGCAUCUCAUGGAGACGCUGAACAUCAGCAUCGACCCAGGAAGCGCCUUUAGUGGCCAUAUUAGGGUCUAUUACCUGAAGUGUCGGUAGGCAGCAAUGUAAGCACUGCAUUUUCUCUGAGAAGGCAGGGAUUACAUUUUAAAAAGCCUGCAGGGACACGUUGUAGACACCGUUAAACUGUAGUUGUUCUGGUGAAAAGUGUCCCUUUAAAUUAUCACUUGAUUGAAUAACCCUGAGACUUUUUCUAUAAUCCUUGUGCAAAAAUAUGCCAUACUGCCAUGUGUUUAUACUAAUAUGUGCAUGUCCCAUUAACUUUUUGAAUGCACACCCAUACUAAUAAACACUCACACCUGCACAUGUACACACAGUGACGAACAAAUUCAGAGUGGCCCUUGGUAAACUAUGUUGCCCCCAUCUCCCAUUAAAAAAGAGCAGGGGUUGCCAGCUGUAUAAGAACUUUAGAAAUGCUUUGUCAGCUGUAGAUCUACCAAUUUCCUAUCCUUGCAGGAUUGUAGGUGUGUUUUUGUACAAAGUUUGGAAAUGUUUGUGUAUAUAGCUGAUAUAUACGAAAGCAGGAGUGUCUUUAUAUAAAUGCGGGGGUAUGUUUGUCUGUGGGGUUUGUGUGCAAGGCUGUACAACAAAACCGUAAAUAUUCUACUACCAUUGUUUGAAAACUUUGUUUAGCCCAGACCAGGGAAUGGUUCUAGUGCUUCCAUAACCCAUCAGAGGUUAAUGGGACAUGAAAUUUAGCAGGUGACAGCAUUUAUUUUCAUUGUAUAAGAAAAGACAUUACUGUUGAGGCUGACAUUUAUUUAUUUUGAGUCUUUAGACUAACUUGCCUGACUCUUUAACAGUAAGCAAUGAGCUACCUGUCGAACAGUAUGUGCACACCCUGCAAGAGUUUGGAAAAGUGGAAGACACACGAUAGCAUUUGUCUGUGGUGUCUAUCACUGAGAUUUUGGCAAAUUAAAGAAAAUUUGUCUGUAGAUAACCAGGGUAGUGGAUCUCCUUGCACCAUAACCAAUGCGAAGGGUGUAGGUUGUUUUGAGCAUCCUUUUAAGUCCAAAAUGGAGGUUUAUACAGGGGAUAUAAAAUAAGACUCUAGUGAGUUAAUUUGGCUAAUUUAGCUGACCCAAAACUAGGAUAGUUUGACUCCUGUGAUUAAUUUACCUAUUUGCUAAAAUAAGCAAUGUGGUGGCUUCUUUUUUGGAGUCACCAUGAAUUUGUAAAGCCAUAUCGGGUGUUUUUAUGCCUUCCACAGAGGGAUUGAGAUUACAUGCUAUACGCCAUAAUUUGACAAAUUUGAAAACCGUCAAACUGUAGUUUUACCUUUUUUGGCCAACAAAUGUAUGAUUUCUAAAUUCACCUCCUCACUGAUCACUGCUUUCAAAUCCUUUUGCAUAUUUAUAUAACUUGUGAAGGACCCUGAUAUAAAUCUUCAAUGAAAGAGUUCGAAAUGGUGGAAGUUUAAUAAAUAUGUAUUUUUUAUUUUUAUUUUUUUUCUUACGUUUCUGCAAAGUGGAAAGGUCCAACUUGUUUCGUUAGGGAGAAGCCAGCAAUUUGCCUUUCCUACCCACCAUGUAGUUUGAGCAUAACUUUGGCCAGCGUAGGUGAUCUAAAAACAUACAAAUACAGAGAAAAUUUACAUUUAUUGAGACCUACUAAUCUGCUGUAAAAAGCAAAAUGUAAACUAUUUUAAAUAUUGGUUACAUUCCCAAGAUAAGUAGCUAAUUUCCUGUGGAUGCUGUUUCAAAAUGAGACUGCAGCUUUGUCUUUUUUAAAUAUUUUGUAUACUUUUUUUUUUCCCUUCCUUUUUAGUUUAACUUAAAAUCUCUUAUUUAUUCAUGUAUUUGAGCCAAUAAAGCUACAUGUUUUUCUAUCAUUGAUUCCAGAGUACGAAACAUUUUCUAUAUUUGACAUGUCUGAGAAACACUAGGGGUUGGCUUACAAUUUUGUUUUAAGGAACCAGCCACUACUCAUUGCCAUGCUUAUUACCAUGGCCUGGCUUCCCCUCCUUUCUGCCCCAAGGCCAGUGUUUUUUAUUUUUUAUUUAUUUUUUUUAGAUUGGUCAAUGUUUCCAUUAGGAAAUCACACUUUGAGUGACAGACAUACCAGAAAUGUGUCCUGAAGAAAGUUAGCUCAGCCUAUAUGAGGGCCCAAAGUCAAUGCGUGCCAAAAUGUCUGAAUUCCCAGGACAAAACAUACCCUUGUGUCCGGUUUACUCAGUUGUGAACUAAAUUGUAUGGCUACUCUCCGCCUGUAAAAUCCUAAAUUUUGCACCAUGAAUUUAUUAGUUAUUGGCUGAAAAUGCAAAUUGCAGGGGGAAAAAAAAAUUAUGCCUAAUCUGAGUUUAAGGGGUGGGUGGAAAAGCACUCAGAUGACUUUAAAAAAUAUAUGCCUUGUCCUUUAUGAAGUAAGUACUAUACAGGGAAAUUGCUGUCUCCCAGAAACGGACAUACAGGCAGAAUGUUUUUCAAGGUUGCCAACAAAGGAACAAGACAUUUUAACUCAAAUCAAUAGUAUCAACUUCCAUUACUGGAUAUGUACUGCUGUGCAGUUACACAUUUCAAAACAGAGUAACUUGCUACAUUUUAGACACUUAAAGGAACACUAUAGGGUCAGAAACACAAACCUGUAUUAGUGUUUUAAUGUUAAAACCUUACUUGAAUUCAAGUCUGCAGUUGC